CACGCUCGCGCUCUCUCUCUCGCUUUUGCAAGCGCGCAAGCGGCGCUUGGCUGUCUCCCUAAUAACAAGAGUGACCUUUUCCCCUUUGCUGUAUUAUGUCUGGCUGGUUAAGGGAUUGCGUCCUGCAGUUGAUACAGCCUCUGACUUCCUACAGCUCGGCUCCAAGCACGCUGCUUUAGGUAAGUUGCCUUUUAAACGGGGGUGGGGGGUUGGUUAGGGGGUGGUGGUGGAGGAAAUCAGCCCUGGACUCCGGAGAUCCACCGAUGCCUUUCCAAAUCUCUCUUUCUAGGUAGGAGGACACCUGUAGCUCUGCCGAGGCCAACCCAAUUAACUUGGCGGCUCCGCGAGGACUUCAUGAUUAUUAUUAUUAUUAAUACCAAUACUAAUAAAACCCAGAGACAGGCAAUCGCGUCCUUGCUAUCCAACCCUCCCGUCCUCCUUUCCCUUAUUACUUUUCUUUCCUGUCUGCAAACAAUGCUCCUUUCUGACCUUCCCCAAAGGAAGAACCAGCUCCAUCCAGAGCAGCGCCGGGGUUUCUUGAACUCACCUUGCCUUGCUUUUAAUUGAGAAGGUAAGUUGAGGCAGCGGUGUCCACGCCAGCUUGGCCCCGGGGGCAGAUUUUUUUUGGGGGGGGGGGGUCCUGUUCUUUUCCCCCUCCCUCAUAAAGUCGGGAUCCUGCUCCUCCUCCUCGACUCUUUCCCGUCUCCUCUCCGCUCCGCAACUUGGGGCUCCCCAGCUCCUCGCUCUUUUCCCCGCGGCGUGUGCGUGUGUGUGCCUGUGUGUUUAAAUCAGGGGAGGUUUUCCUUAUUUUUAUGAUGACGAGAGAGAGAUGCGAGAUCGGGGGCUGCAGGAGGCGAAAGAGCGGCGCGAUUGGAGGGCUGGCGAGCAAGAAGCGCAGGCGAAGUUAAACAAUGAAACGGGAGCAAACGCCCGCUCGCCCUUUCCCUUAAACCGCGUCGCCAAAUCCGGCUGGCGCGCUCCUGGUUGCCAAACAGCGCGAGCGUGAAACGCGAUGGUGAGAACCGACUUCAUCUCUCCCCUUCCUCCUUCUCCUCCUAAGAAUCGGAUCCCUUUUCUUUUCUUCCUUGCUCCCCAUGGUUUUAUUUUUAGUGAAGCUUGAAGGGAGGGGGGGUUCCUGUCUUUUAACCCUAAACACCCUGCAAUUUUUAGUGGGAGAAAGGCCACCUUUUGCGCAUGGGUUUUCUCGACUCGGUGCAGCCUUGGCCGAAAAUGAGGAAAGAGGUGGGGGGGGGGGACGGGAUCAAUCCGAUGGGCAAUUGUGAUAUCUAGCCCUCUUUUUCUUGUGAUGGUGCAUUUCUCCUCUCGGUCCCCCCCCCCUCCCCGCCCGGCCACCCCUGCUCUGCCUUAGAGCCCGAGACAGGCUUGUGCAAACGCUGCAUGUGACGGUUUAAUCAAAUCCAUUUGUUACCGCCGAGCUUAAAAAGAAGACCGCGGGGGCGGAUAGAGUUAGGGACGCAUGUGGCUCUUUGUAGAUCGCCACCACCAUUGCAAAGAUAGAUGUGUGUGCGUGUGCAUAAUCUCGUCCGCUUGCAAGUGCCUGCCGUGUGUGUUGGUAGAGGUGUCGCUUUUUCCAGCAGUCGCUUCCCCCACCCGCCAUCCCUCCACCCCCUUUCCAAAGUGCACUGCACAAUAGCCCUGUUCUCUCUUCGCUUUUCAACGCAAACCUCUUCCACUUGACCCAAACUACGGGGAGGGACACACACACACACACACACACACACACUUGCCGCUUCUUGCUUUGCUCAAUGCGAAGGAGCUACCCGAGAGUCCUUAAAUCAACUCAUGCAGAAAAAGGAGAAAAGUUUCGGUAAGGUUGCCAUCGAUUGUUUCGUUGCUCUUUUCUUAAAUAGAUAUUAUCUCUCCUCCCUUACCUUGACGAGCGUUGAGCAGACGUGCAUUUUCAGUUUGGAUGUUUUGGAGAGGAGGAGGAGGAGAUUUUGGGGGAUGGAGGGGGGUAAUGCCUUUCCCCCUGACUUCAGCUUGUGUUAUGAAAUGCGCGCUGCCGCUUGGUUGGGUAGGCGAAGGCUUUUAGAUUUUAUUUUUAAGCCAGUUACUUAUUUAUUUUACUUUAGGUGAAGCGACCGCAGAAAGCUGCAAAACACUUUCUCCUUCCCCGUCCCCCUUCCCCUGUAAAACAAAACAACAUAACAAAAGCCAGCCCACACGCCAUCCUUCUUGUGGCUUUGCAGGGGUGGGCAGAGAAAUUAGAGGUGCCUGGCUUGUAGCUAACAUUGCAAGGGGGGGGGGGGCUUCUUUGUUGUUAAAGAGAGUGUUUCCUCUGUCGUGGCUUUUUAUUUUUUUUUAUUUUGCAUGUGAACUGCAUCAAAAUUGAGCUCACUCUUGCAAAUCUCUUGUUGGCCUUUGCCAACCACUAGCACUUUGCUGCCAUGGUAACUGUAAUUAAACUGAUAAGAGUGGAAAAAUGUCAGUAUCUCUCUGAGUCUUACAGCUGCAUUGGAAGAAAGGAGGUGGGGGCUGAGAGAAUAAAAAUUGGCUUCCAGCAGCACCACAUUGAAUUGGGAGAGAGGUGAGGUUGGAGGGGGAGAGGGAAUGAGAGGAUAGGAAAGGGGUGGUGGAGGAAAUAUUGUGUAUUUAAAAGGGUAUAUGGGUAAGAGACUUUAGGAAGAAAAUAUCCUCUUCCUCUACAUCUUGGGGGGGGGGGGAGAGGUGUUGGCACUUGUCCAUUCUCCCAGCUCUCUAAGAAGGGUUACAGGGAAGCUCUUAGGCCACCAACUAGCUCUCAGAAAUUUAGACGAUCAUGACAAGUUGGGGGGAAGGAGGGGGCAGCGCUAAAGAGAGGCAGAAUGAAACCUUUUGUCGUCUUGGCAGUUGCCAGAUUCUUCCUUCUGAAUUGGUUCUCCCAGCUGUGGGGCUGCUGCCUGUCUUUCCCCCCUGCCACUCACAAAUAAGUUAGAACACUUUCCCCAGCCUCUCGCUUCAAUGGUGCUGUUGCAAUAUAUAUAUAAAUAUAAUUAAUAAUAAUAAUUGUUUGUGGGGAGGGAACAAUUAAAGUGCAACGUAGGAGUGAUUUAAGGUGGUGGUGAUGUUCCUGGGUGCUAAAGAGUUGCAGUUACUUUUGUUGUAUGAACUACAAAAUCUCACCCUCUGUGUGUGUGUAUGAAUAGCAGAGAACAAGAGACCACAAUGGAAGCAAUCGAGCGUUAGGCUGGCUCACAAUGCGAUCCAGGCAAUUAAAAGCUCACCAGAGUUUUUAAAAUGAAAUGGCCCCCGCUUCUUCCUGAUCACCAUGCUGCACAGGCUAUUAUUUGUGCAUCUCUCUUUUUUAAUUAUGCUUUCCCUUAAACUGUCAAACAACUCAGAAGUAGCAGGGGCCUCAGGGGCAGAAGGAAAAUUUCCAAGCACAGUCGACCUGAAUAACUGACUCCUGAGCUGCUGGGAGUAAAGUCUUUGUUUAUUUAUCAAAAUGCCUUUCUUCAAAAUAGGCCUCCACCCCCUUCAUCCCAAACCUCUCUGAAUAAUUGUGUGUUGUGGAGGGAGCUCUGAACGGUUGCUUUAUUGCUUUUGAUUGGUACUUCCCCUAACCACAAAACUUUGAUAUUUCUGUUGUUCGCGUGUAGUCUGAACAUAAUGUAAGAAAUCCAUAGUGGGAAAACACCUUCGUUAGGCCAAACUGUUGCAAGCAAACUGUUGUUCCUCAGGCUAGAUGGCGAACAACUUGUUUUGUUUACUGUCUUGCCUGAUGAAGUGUUCUGGUGAACUCGAAAGCUUGCACACUACUUGGUUAACAUUAUGGCAACUGGCUGGCCUGUUGCUUUGCCAUUUCCCUCAAGUAGACUUGGAUUCUUCUUCUUCUUCCUAUGGUCCAGCAUGGCUGCCUUGUUGCUCUUCCAUUUUUAAGUUGUAGCAUCUUAGCUUCGGUUGUGUUCAUAGUGGAUACAACCGAAUUGUUUUUUAAACUUUGGAGCAAGUACCACCUAAAUCAAUAUGACUUACUUCUAAAUAAACAUGCAUAGGAUUGUUUAGCUACUUAGGAAGUAUCUAGCAGAAGUUGUAUAGUUUUGCCUCUAGAGAAAGCCUUGGCCACUUACAUGCUGACUCCGAAGUCUCCUUCUAAAUGUCCCAUUGCUUUUUAAAAAUACCAGAUGUAAAUUUCUGUAGGGUUAGGGUUCGUCUGGAAAUAUUGUAUGCAGUAAACAUGGUGUGAACUUUAUUCCUAAUGAUGCUACUGGGGUGAAGGAAACAGCCGUAGUUCAGUUGCCUUAAAUAACGUUUGCUGCAAAGUUGACAAGAGUUUUAAGACGGAAGGAUUAAGCUAUGGAGCUGAGCUCAAUGCUUGCUCAUUUUUGAGGCCCAAGCAAUUGGAGACAAGUCAAUAUUUUCUUUUUGGUUUUCUCGUGCAUUAUAUGUAAACCACCCCCACCCCAUCCUCCUGAUUUCAGCAGGAGUGUGUGCUUAAGGCGACCAUUGAGAUCAAUGGUCUUGAAAGACCUACCUGUAGGAAUCUUAACAAAAAGCUUUAAUCUGCAUGCCCAGCGCAUUGCCUGCAACAUCAGCAGAGCAUCCUAGUUUAUGUGAUGGUUUCAUGCAUCUCAUUCCCAACCACAAACUGGUGCAGCGAGUCUUGAGCCCUAUAGGAUGGGCAGAAGUUUCAGGCUUCCUUGCACUGCAAAUCCAAAAUUGAGAGUGUAGUGAAUGGGGGGGGGGGAGGCUGUGUUGGGCAACAGAAUUGUCUUAAUCUGCAAAACCUCCACCUUAAGCCAAGCAAGUCUAAGGUGACUAUUUCUCAUUGAAAACUUGGCAGGCUAUUGAGCUGUGACUGUAUUAAUGUCAAAACCACAGCUCUGCUUAUAAAAAAGAUGGCCAGUGGUUUGCUAUAGUCUUCAGGGAAACCUGGCUUUGAUUUAGCACAUGCCACUUCCUAAACUGAAAGUUGGGUUGGGUAUUGUUGGUUUUUUUGCGUUGGAUUUUUUCCUUUGUGGGUUUUCUUUGCAUUCAUCUAAUAUGGCAAGAAUGGCUGCCUAAAGUAGUGCUGUGCCGGAAAAAAAUUCUGCGUUGUAUCCCACCCCCACCCCCGUUCUUGAUCAGUUAAUAGGAAAAGAGGCUGCAUCUGAAAAACAUCAAAAGGGACAGGGGAAAUUUGGUGAGAAUCAGAGUUGGAAGGGACCCCCAGAGACAUCUAGUCCAGCCCCUUGCAACUGCAGGAAUCUCAACUAAAGCAUCUAUGACAAAUUGCCAUCCAACCUCUGCUUAAAAACCUCCCAGGAAGGAGAGUCCACAACCUCCCAUAGGAACCUGUUCCACUGUGAGGUUCUCAUGGAUGAGAAAUUUUGUUGUUGUCGUAUGUAACUUUCAUUUCACACGGGGGUGUUGAUGUGAAUCUUUCAUUCUACAAAUACUCUGCCGGCUUCUUGGAUGCUCUGGCUUCCUGAAAGCCUAAUGACCUCCUUGGCUGGACUUUGCAGUAACCGCUGGAAUGCUGGGAGGCUCUUUGCCAUGCACCUGACAGCUGCUGCUGUUUUUUGUUUUGAAGGAAAGUGCUUUUAGUUUUAAAGAAAUUAGCGUGGGAAGGUUUUUUGUUUUGUUUUUAAGUGAAAGAACUUCCCUUGCUCAAGGUCAGUGAGCAUGCUGAUCUCAAAGGAAGCUGCCUUAUGGUGAGCCAGACCAUUAGUCCAGCUUGUUCAGUAUGGUCUCUGACUGGCUCUUCCAGGGUUUCAGGUAGGGGUCCUCUCCCAGCCUUAGCAGGAGAUAGUGGGAUUUGAACCUGGGACCUUCUGCAUGCAAUGCCGUUCAGGAACUAUGACGGUUCUCAGGAACUCAGUAGCCAUUUUCAUGAGCUUCAGAUUGGAAACCAGAGAGAUGCCAUGAGACUACUCUUCUCCUGGGACUUUUCCAGAUAAGGACGCAUGGGCAGCUGGGGGAGAGUAUGGGCAGAGGAGUGAGGAAGUGUUUAAAGGAAAUAAAAUUCUCACGUCACCCCCUGCCUCAACCCUGCACCCACUGAAAUUCUGAAAGGUCCUGCAGUGAAACAGGAAAAAUGGAAGCAUCUUUUGGGGAGAGUUUCUUUUAAAAAAAAGAAAUUGGAGGGAAAGUUUCCACACAACCUCAAAAGAUGAACUAUAUUCGUAUGCAACUAUAUUCGUAUCCCAGUAUAGCUUUAGGGGCUAAUCCCAUGAGUCAAAAUCCUUGGGUUAUAAAGCUCACCUGAGUUGCUGCAUGGCCUUAAGACAAGUCACUAUCUCUCGGUUUGAUCCCACAUUAUGAGAAUAAUAUUGACACAUCUCGCAGCAUCGAGGAUGUAGAAAGUUAUUUGAACACUUAGAAUCAUAGCUGUCAACGCUUUCCUUUUUUUAAGGGAAAUUCCCUUAUUCUGAAUAGGAUUCCUCAUAAGAAAAGGGAAACGUUGACAGCUAUGCUUAGAAUGUGCUGCAUAAGUGUUAAGCACUCCUUAGGUUUGGGGGUUUUGUGAAUGAGUUGCUGUCAUGUAUAUGUACUAGAUGUGUCUUGCUGGGGAAUAGGAUUGGCGGCAGUGUCUCCCAUAGCUGUAUAAUAGGAUUAAGGAAAGCAUAGCCAACAAGGGACCUCCAGAAGUUGCUGGACUACAACUCCCACCAUCCCUGACCAAGCUGGCUGGGGCUGCUGGGAGUUGAAGUCCAAAAACUCUGGAGUCCACCAUCUUGCUUAUCCCUCGACUAAGGAAUGUUUGCGAUGCUUAAAGGUAAAGGGACGCCUGACCAUUAGGUCCAGUCGUGGCUGACUCUGGGGUUGCGGUGCUCAUCUCAUUUUACUGGCCGAGGGAGCCGGCGUACAGCUUCCAGGUCAUGUGGCCAGCAUGACUAAGCCACUUCUGGUGAACCAGAGCAAUGCACAGAAACAUUGUUUGCCUUCCUGCCAGAGCGGUACCUAUGUAUCUACUUGCACUUUGAUGUGCUUUCGAACUGCUAGGUUGGCAGGAGCAGGGACUGAGCAACAGGAGCUCACCCCGUCACAGGGAUUCGAACCGCUGACCUUCUGAUCGGCAAGUCCUAGGCUCUGUGAUUUAACCCACAGUGCCACCCACAUCCUUAGCAGGACUUAAAAGUUUGGGUGUGACACUUUUGCAUCCCCAUUUCCUGACACUCUGGCUUUUUGACUGAAGGGAAUCCUUUUGUGCUUGCCUGGGCAGAACCCUACUUUAUCCUUAACGCCUUUGUUGCAUUUCUCCACAAAACGGCUGUUUUCUACCUGCGCUUCUGAGCCAAGCAUUGCUUGUUCGGUCUUCAAGUUCCAUACCUGCUUCUCUGAUGAUAGAUGCUGCCUGCAUCUGGCUGAGGCGAUGCUUAAGGUAAAAAAAAAAAUGCUUCUGCCAUUGCCUGCUGCCGUUUGGUAAGACUAUGGGAACCCUGCUGUCUAAAGAGGCACAAUAUGUAGAGGUUGGUGCUAAUGAGGUGUUUCUCACCUCUUGCAAGCAAGCAGCAAAUAGAGGUAAACCUCUUUAUCACUUUUCCAGCCACCGCCUUCAAUAGAAAGCAGCGUUUCAAAUGCUGUGUAGCAUGACCUCAUCUGCAACGUGGAUCUUGACUAUUCUGCAUCCGGCUCCACUUCUCCUUUUAAAAAAGGAGUUCCUUCAGCUGCAGGGUGUUUGCCAAAUUGCUAGGCAGUUCUAUUCCAUAGGUUUGCUCCUCGAAAAGUACUCCCCAAGUCAGUGCCUUGGCUGGGGGGAAGGAGGUAGCCAAGACUUUUGCCCCAGGUGAAGCCUCCAGAGGGGCGCCAUUGAGGCUCCCAGCCUGCCAGCUAUUUACUCUCUGUGCUGGACACACAAUUCUACUAUUUAGAGAGACUCUUUUCUCCAGCCUCUUUUGAACAACAAACAUGAGCAACCUUUCUUUUUCUCCUUUCUCAGAAUUGGCCGUGUUUUAGGCUACUGAAGUCGGGCUGUUAUUUUUAAGGCCAAUUAAACAUGGGGGAACUUGCUAAGCUUCAAAACUUUUGGCAAAACCGUUUCUCAACAUUUCUAAACCUUCGAGUGCAAAUCUUGAGUUCAGCUGAAGCCUCUGGAAGCUGCCCUGCUAUAACAGAAACUUUGACAAAUAAUAUCUUGCCUCCUUUUUAUGCCUUUAAGAACAAAUGUGCUGAGGUGUGCCUGUGUGCCGUGUGUGUGUGUGUGUGUGUGUGUGUGUGUGUGUGUGUGCCAAACCGAGUCUUUGACCCAGGUGAAAGAAAGCCCAAUUUCACCCCUGUCCAAUUUGCAGCUUUAUUUAUUUGUUUUUAAAUUACAAUUUUAUUAGAUAUUGGCUCUUUUCCAUCUUCCUUCAGGAUUCUUUGCUCCGCUUUCUUUCAGAAAGGUGAUGGGGUUAGAGGCUGUGUUGCAGAAAUGUGAGAACGGGUGGCCUGAUGUAGAAGGAACAUUUGUUGUUUAGUCUUUUAGUCGUGUCCGACUCUUUGUGACCCCAUGGACCAGAGCACACCAGGCACUCCUGUCUUCCACUGCCUACCGCAGUUUGGUCAAACUCAUGUUGGUAGCUUCGAGAACACUGUCCAACCAUCUCAUCCUCUGUCAUCCCCUUCUCCUUGUGCCCUCCAUCUUUCCCAACAUCAGGGUCUUUUCCAGGGAGUCUUCUCUUCUCAUGAGGUGGCCAAAGUAUUGGAGCCUCAGCUUCAGGAUCUGUCCUUCCAGUGAGCACUCAGGGCUGAUUUCCUACAGAAUGGAUAGGUUUGAUCUUCUUGCAGUCCAUGGGACUCUCAAGAGUCUCCUCCAGCACCAUAAUUCAAAAGGAAUUCAGAAGGAACAUAGGAACCUACUAUAUACAAGUCAGAGUGUUGGCCCACACAGCGCAGCACUGUCUCCACUGAUUGGCAGCAGCUCUCCAGGGUUUCAAAGAGGGACUCUUGCCUAGCCCUAUCUGGAGAGGCUAGGGUUUGAACCCGGGACCUUCUCCGUGCAAAGCAGAUGUUCUGCCCUGAGGCUGUGUCCCUUCCCACAGACUUAGAUUUUGUACACAUGAUACCUUUGAAGCACAUUCUCUCAAAGACUUCUGGGCUUUCGCCACUCAGAGUUGCAGUUGCAGGGCCCACAAUUCUUGAAAGGGAACAGAUGUGCUUCCAAUGUGCUUCAAAGUUAUAGUGUGUACACAGCCUGGCUUAAUUCUUGGACAACUGAUGUUGAAGGCCAUGUAAAUACAGCAAGGCAUAUACCAUAUUUUUCGCUCCAUAGGGCGCACCGGACCAUAGGGCGCACCUAGUUUUUAGGCGGGCUUCAGGCUUCAGGCUGCUAUCUGCUGCGCUGCCUGGGCUUCAGGCUGCAGGCUGCUAUCCGCAAGCCUUCAGAGCCCAGCGGGAAUUCCUGCCGCACUCAGAAGGCUUGUGGAUAGCGGCCUGAAGCCUGCAUUCGCUCCAUAGGACGCACACACAUUUCCCCUUCAUUUUUGGAGGGGGAAAAGUAUGUCCUAUAGAGCGAAAAAUACAGUAUUUAAAACAUUCCUCCUGCCACUGGGGGGGGGGGAAUCAUGGAAGCUGUAGUUCGUUGUUGUGUUCAGAAUUGCAGUUUUGUGAGGAGUAGACUAAUAUUCCCAGGAUGCUUUGGGUGAGAGAGUGGGCCUUCAAUUGUGUUGUGUGCCUAGCCUGACUUAAGAACCUGAAUUCUUUCCCAGCAGCUCUUCUUAUGAAUGAGGAGUGUAUGCUAGGGGAAAUGUCCUAGCUUCAGUUGUAGGGAAAAUGCAAAGGGUCCCAAGUUAAAUCCCUUGUGGCUCCAGGUGGGGCUGGAAAAGGCCUCUCCCUGAAACUCUGGAGAGCUGCUGCCAAACCGUGUUGACAAUACUGAGCUAAAUGGACCAGCUGCCUGAGUUGGAACAAGGCACUUUUCUAUGUUCCUUUGUUGAAGGCUCUACCUAUAGUGCUUGAAAUAAGUUCAUUGCUCUGAGGCCCCUUCCCAGCUGGGGAGAACUUCCUGGGCAUAACGCAUGCUGGUGGACCCCUAUAAGCAGUUCUAGCCCAAGGCAUUUUGCUACCUGAGGCAGGAGAUCCUGUUGCCCCAUCUCAUCCCAACCUCAUCUCAAGUGUCUCUUCCUGGGAGUAACAGUAAUAAUAAAAAAUUAACCAACAGUGCUUUCCUUCCAUGGAACCCAAAAUCCCCUGCCUGGGGCAGCUGCUUCAGUCCGCCCAAUGGUAGGGCCUGCCCCGUUGGGCUUAUCUAAUGGCAGCACUAGUGGUAGCUAGCUUGGAGCUGUCCUUUAAAUUUCCUACAGUGUCCUAGAACACAGUCUCUAAUCCACCUGCUGCUCAAUGGAUUGUUGCAAAAGGGAGGUCAGGGAUGGAUGGAUUUUGCAACAUGUCUAAAUCUCUUGGUUGUAACAAUAUCUCAAAGCGGUUUGCAAGAAGAAGCAAACAAUGACAUUACUGAGUAGCAAAAAAAAAAAAAAGUUAAAAGCAACAAUUCCAAAAAGAUCGGUUCUUUACAAAUGUGGAAUGGGUUUUAUGUGGCUCUUCCAACAGUGCCAGUUCUGUAGACUGAUCAGUUGAGUGGGCACCUAGAGGGUAAGGCAAUAUCACAAGUAAAUGGGUCAACAGUUAACCCUUCCAGAGCUCUGGCACCUUGGCAGUUGCCAAGAAUGACUUGGUGUGUUUGCGGGCAUGAGAGGGCCAGAGGAGAGCAUAACAAACAUGGGUAGAGCUGAUAUCUCCCCAGAUCGCACCCCGUUCCUUCUAGCAGGGUUAUGUUCUGGUGGGCAAGAGACUUGAGAUCAGCCUUAUCGUCAUGUGGGACUCAUAUGAGUCUAUACCUAUGUACACACACUGCAUGGCGAUAGCACAAAGGAGAAAUGACUUCUGUGCAUGAGUGAAGAACUCUUUCUGGCAAGAAUGCCUGUGUGCAUUGAGUAAGUGGCCUGCCACCAUUUCCCAAGCUCUUUGGCAAGAAUGCCAUGGAACAAAUCCAAAAUAGGAGAGUGUGCCACCACUCUAGUGCGCUUUGCGUGUUUGUGCCACCCCUCUGAUAGAUUGGAAUAGUUUGGCAUCAUAGACAGGGAGUGGACUGAAGCCCUAUCUGGCCAACGGCUCCUCAAAUCUGCCUUCACAUGGCAGUUUAUUCCAUUUCCCUGACCUAUUUCCUAACUAUUAAUUUCUGCAUUAGUUUUGAGCUUUCGCAUGAUGUGAAAGCCACUUCCAGGAAACUAAUGGACUGUAGUACAUGCUUAGUGCUCAUUUCUGUGUUGUUUCAUUCCAGAAAAAAAUCCAUUUGCAGCCCACUUAACCUGGAAAAUGGCAAGAGUUAAUAUGGCAGAAUUUGGGGUAGUAUACUGCCGUACAGUUCUUCCCUGUUUUGUUUUUUAAUGGGGGAAUAGGUCUACAGUUCCCAGACUGUAUUAACAGUCAGUCCCCUCUUCAUAGGGAAUUCUUGAGAAUUGUAGCUCUGUGAAAGGAGUUGGGGACCUCCUAACAACUGUCAGUACCAGUAACAAACCACAACUCCCAUAAUUCUUCAGGAGAUAGCCUGACUGUGCAAGCUGCUAUUGUGGUGCUUUAAAGGUGAAUGUGGCCUAAAAUGGUUCUGGUUAUCAGAAUAGCGAUGACUUCCCAGCGCUCUCAGAAGGAUUAAGAGUUCUGUUAGCAAAUUCAUAUUUUCCCAAUCACUGGUCUCCUGGUCAAUGUGGAUGGAGCAAAGGAGAUCGGGGGGCAUCGAUGCCAUACUCCAUGCCUGUGGAUUCAGCCUUGCAAUUACUUCUCAUGCUGGUUUUAACCUUCAGCUGCUUCUAACCUCAGUCUGGACAAGGGACAAAAUGGGUUGGGAGGCUGCACUCAAAGAGAAAAAGUACACACCCACACCCCACAGAUUGUUUUUUCUUCCCCUUUAGAAAUGCACGCUACCACCAAUUUGGUGUUUACGUAGCUAAAGGAGGGUUGUCACACCCACCCACCCUCAUAGCUGUCAACGUUUCCCUUUUUUAAAGGGAAAUUCCUCAUUCCAAAUAGGAUUCCUCGCAAGAAAAGGGAAAAGUUGACAGCUAUGCCCACCCUACUUUCUUCAAAACGUGUAGCUCUGCUCUUAGGGACUCUUCUGCAAAAUGGGGCUGCUAGUUCAGGUGGCAGCUUUUAGUUUGUACCAUAGUAGAAAGAAAAGCCUUGCUACGUUGUUGCCCGUUUUCUACUGAACCGUUCAGCCAAAUCUGUUCUUUGGAAUAUUGGAGAAUUUUCUGCCUGUGCGACGGAACCAAUAUUGUUGAAUGUGGGCAACUCUGCUAGGAAAGAUGGGCAGCAAAUUAUUCUAUAUGUGAAAUGGGCAGGGAGAAUCCCUUCGUCCUUCACGAGCCUGUAUUGAAAGACUACUCUUUAGUUACCUCCUUUAAUCAGGAUAUUAGGAAAGGCUGAGUCCCUUUUGAAUGAAGGGAAUAACAACUGAACAGGGCUUUUGGAGCAAAUUGCGCACAGAAUGCGCCUUACCCUUAGAGCGGUUCUUUGCAUCAGUUUAAUUCAACUUCCUUAUUAUUUCAUUAUUAUUAUACAUUUAUUAAUAGUUGCAGUUUUUCUUCACUUGCUUUCAAAUCUGUGACUUUAAAAUUCACCAGUUCAUCUGUUAUGGUGUCUGACUUUCUUGCUCUAUAAUGUUGACGUGUGCAUUGCUUGUUGUAUCCAGCGAUUGUGUGAGCUGAAGGCAGUUCAUGUGGUUGAUCUUUCCAUUCUGCACUCCUCCUCCUCCUCCUCCAGCAUCCUCCCAUAGGUUAGGGAGCCCUCCUACACAAUGACGGCUGUUUUAAUUCUUUAAACUGAUUUAAUCCUGUAAUUAUUAUUAUUAUUAUUAUUAUUAUUAUUAUUAUUAUUUACAAAUUGUCCUUUACGUAUGUCUCAAGGAAAUUAGCCAUCAUACGGUCAUACCUCGGUUGAACAGAAUCUGUUCCGGAAGUCCGUUUAACUUCCAAAAUGUUCGGCUCCCAAAGCAUGGCUUCUGAUUGGCUGCAGAAAGCUCCUGCAGCCAAUCGGAAGCCGCGGAAGCCCCAUUGGACAUUUGGCUUCUGAAAGAACAUUCGAAAACCGGAACACUCACUUCCAGGUUUUGAUCAUUCAGGAGCCGAAACGUUGGACUUUCAAGGCGUUCGGGAGCCGAGGUAUGACUGUACUCUAAAAAUAGUUUUUAAAAACACUACAAAAACAACAACUGGAAACAGGUGUUCAUUCUGUACUGUUUUUAAACCUAAGGCAAAGCCCUUUGCAUUUAGCUGAAAAAGCUUUUUUUUUUUUUUUUUAAAGCAUUCAGUUGUUUCCAGAAAGCACACAUGGGGGGCUGUGAUGUAUCUCAACAAUGAUGCUGUUCCAUAGGCCAGGGGCAGCCAGACUGAAAGCCCUGCUCCAAAUUAUCCCUAGGACCUUUAUGGCAGAGGGCCAGUAAGAAAUCAUCAUCAUAUGGGGCUGAAGUGGGAGGGCAGAAUCAUCCCAAAAUGGGCAAGGGGAUGUUGCACCAGCUAAUAUUUCCCCAUUGCAGCUAUUGCCUUCAUUCCUUUCGUUGAACUUCUGUGUUAGCCCCAGUUAUUGGCUGCCUUUGGGUUUCUGUUAGGGACAGAGGGGCAGGAUAUAAAUGUAUUUUGAACUGUGGAACAGCAGUGGGUCCCCUAUAGGUUCCUCAGAUCACCUGAUCUAGCUGGGCUGCCAAGCGAUGACACGCCUUCAUUGCGACAAACGAUCAAAUUUGCAAUGGGCAAAUCUGUCAGUUUCAUUUCCUCAGUUUCACAUGUUUCCAGUCUUUAGUUCUCCACAUCAUUUCCAAUUUAUUUAUUUUUUUUUUAAAAAAACAACCACCACAAUUAUAAUGUGAGUUUCCCCUAAUAUACACAUUUGGAUGGAAUAUUGCUAAAUAUACAUUUCUUUAUUUUUUGCAAACCAGUCUCACCUGAAAAAAGCAGAUAAUGGGGUAAAGUGUCCAUUAAAUGCAUAUAUUAAGUGAAAAUGUGUGUUUUUAUAGACACUUUGUCCCACUAUGUGAAUUUUUGUAUAUGUUUCUUGGCUGGAGAACUGCAUUGCAAAAUUCGGAGAAGUGUGAAUUCGGACGGAAGCCUAUGCUUUGGGUCUCCUGUUGUUUCAGAGAAUUCAGAUUAGGUAGGCUCACCUUUAAAUGUGAACCGAAUCCAAUUAUUCCUGCAUCCCAUAGUCUUUAGUCCCUCCUGCCUCUGUUGCAGCGGGGUGGAUUGUAUGGACGAAGACACCUGGGUGCAACCCAGCCAGAUGGACAGGGUAUAAAUAAUAAAAUAAUAAAUAAUUCCAUAUUGCCUAUUCUGAGCCUACACUGGCACCUUACAGUCUAUGUGGGUGUUUAGUUCAUCUACAGCCAUGUGUUUGCUGCAAGGAAAAAUAAGCUCUCCAGUAUUUUCCUCCGGUAAUUGUGAUGCUCGUAGGUUGCAAUAUUUAUUAAUUUCAGAAGAUCUAUAUACCACUGGAUUGUAAUAAAACCUCAAAGCUAUUUAGAAAAUGGUCAGUAAGCCACACACCCCAGUUAAAACAAUUACCUGAAACAUUCAAAAAAUAAUAAUUAAAAUAAAUGAUAAGCUAAACAGAUCUGGGUUAAUUUUCCAUGGAAUGCACACUCGACAAAUCCCAGCUAAUCCUGGUCUUGAAAGCACAUUUUAUCUGUGGGUGCCUGUUUAUUGCAUUCACGUGGUGGGAGGGAAUUAUACGUACACCUAAAACUGCAGUGUGUGGAGAGGUCCUUUGGAGGCCAGUGAAAAGUUAUGGGUUCUGCAGAACAGAGCAACUUUGAAACUUGAUAUUAUUUACCAAAAUGACACACCGCUAUUAGGCAGCUACCUUUCUGUUCAUAGCACUUAAUAUUUUAGACAUCAGGUUCUAAAUGCAGCUGACUCGCUUACUGCAACUGUUGAAAACGAUAAAUCUCGGCUGCCCCCAGAUAUAACAGUGGGCGGGUAAGCAUUUAUUUUGUAGAGAGCUCUUGGCUAGAGUUUUUCCCCUGCCUUGCACUGACAGAUGCCAAUCUGACCUUUUGCAAAGCUCAUCUAUUUUUCCAAGCCUCCCCCCACCCACCCACUGAGGAAUGGGAAGAGUGGAUGUGGAUAACAUUUGAAAUCAGUGUAUCCUAUCCUAUCUCUCAUUUGCCUGUAACUAAAUGGGGCACGUAGGCUGCUGUAGUAUAGACAAGCUUUCCAUUUACAAUUAAACAAAGCCAGGUUUCGGUUUUAUGUGUUUCACGUGUUUUCUUUGGAGAAAGUCCCACAGAUUUCAGUGGAAUUUUAAUUUCAGUUAGUUCUCCCUGGAGCACAAGUUAAAGUUUCUGAUAGAAGCAGUGAUUACAAACCAAAUUUCUUUUUUAACUUCUGAGAGUUGCAUCAUAAUUCCCAAUAUUUGCUCACAAUGUUUUUCUCCCUUUUGUCUUUACGCUGUUAAAACUUGACAUGCAAUCUCCUUGGGGCAGGGACCGCCACCUCGUUUAAAUUGUAAAAGCAGCACGAGCACUGCCACAAUAUUAAUAGGCUACACAGUGUGUAAGAUUCAGAUCCAGCUAAUUGUUAUAUAAAGAAUUAAAACAUCAAGGAGUAUUGUUGAAGAAAGUGAAUUCUCCCCUUUGUGACUUGCAGAGAAACCUCCACCUGACAUAUUUCAGUCUCUGAAUUUAAAAGGAAAGAUGGUUUGCAUCUGUGUGCUAAUAUUCAAAGAUACAGGGCAAACGAGGUGGCGGUCCCUACCCCGUGUGUGCUGAUGACAGGACAGCUCUAAAUGCAUUUGCUUUCUGACUUUGUGGCAUUGACACAUCUCGACACAAUGCCUAUAUGCUGGAGAAGCGGAAUAGGACUGAGGAAGCAUGAGUUCUUUGAGCACUGCCAUCAAAAUUUGCUUGAAAUGAAAUUUUUUAGCCAGCUGGGAGAAGCAGCUGAGAAAUCUUGAGGGAAGCAGUUGUUGUUAUGGGGGAGCACACCAGCAGGUUGCAGGCCUAACUGGAAACCAAGUGUACAUUAUUGCAGCUGUUUAGUGGAGCUGGUAUGUGGUGUGUGUUACCUGCCUCUCACCAGCAUUUGCUCUUGUGUUUGGGGGAGUCCGCAGCCGGUGAGGAAAUGGUGCUGUGGGCAAAGUAAAUUGGAGAACCUAGGAAACUAGUAUAUACCAAAUCGGUCUAUUUCUCCACUUAGUUUGGUAUUGUCUACACAAACGCGGGUGGCGCUGUGGGUUAAACCACAGAGCCUAGGGCUUGCCGAUCUGAAGGUUGGCAGUUUGAAUCCCCGCGACGGGGUGAGCUCCCGUUGCUCGGUCCCUGCUCCUGCCAACCUAGUAGUUCGAAAGCACGUCAAAGUGCAAGUAGAUAAAUAGGUACCACUCUGGUGGGAAGGUAAACGGCAUUUCCGUGCGCUGCUCUGGUUCUACAGAAGUGGCUUAGUCAUGCUGGCCACAUGACUUGGAAGUUGUACACUGGCUCCCUCGGCCAAUAAAGCGAGAUGAGCGCUGCAACCCCAGAGUCGGCCACGACUGGACCUAAUGGUCAGGGGUCCCUUUACCCUUUACCUUUUACACGGACUGGCAGAGACUCUCUCCAGGUUUUCAGGCUGGAAGCCUUUUCCAGCCCUUCCUGGAGACGGUGAGGAUCAAAUCUGGGACUUUUGGUGUGCAAAGUCAAUGUUCUUCCCUUGAGCUGUGGAAUGGUUAAAGUCUCUGAGCUGUUUUUCAGUUAAGCAAGAAAAGUUGACUAGGCAGUAGGGCUGGGCGAUAUAUCGUCCAAAACCAGUUUUAAGUCCAUCUCAUGAAAUCAGUUUCAUAAUUUUUGAAUUGGCAAUAUAUCAUAAAUCAUGAUGUGUGUGUGUAUGUAUGUGUGCUAUGCAAAAAUCACAAUGCAGGAAAAACAAUGAAGCCAGCCAGUGCCUCUACAUAGCUCCAUUUUUAUUUCAGACAUUCUGACAUAUCAGUAUAUUGUGAUGUUUAGCUGGUGAUAUAUCAUGAUGUUGAAAACCAGAUAUUGCCCAGCGCUACCUUUCAUGAAGAUUGUGGGAAAAUGGAUAGAGAGCCAUUUUUUUCUCCCAUUAUCAUAAUGCUAGAACUCUGGGUCAGGCAUUUAUACUACUGGCUAGAAGUUUCAAGAGAGGAGCAAAAGAAGCAUUUCUUCACACACAAGUAACUUGCAGGAUUUAUUCCCAAAAGAUGUGGUGACUUUAAAAAGGGCUUAGCCAUGAUGGACAUAUCUAUCAAUGGUCCUUGGUCGUGAUGGGUCUAUGCAGUGCCGGAUUUAUGUAUAAGCUAAACAAGCUAUAGCUUAGAACCCCACUCUCUUGGGGGCCCCAAAAACUUAAAAGGGAAAAAACUGGAUGUACAUUUCCAAAAUACAAGAUAAAAAACAAAUAAAAUAAAACCUGCAUACAGCAACAGUGUUUUGUGUUCUGUAGGCUCCUGUUUGUUAUGUGCAAAUGGCUUUAGAUACCUAUUAGGCCAUAAAUUACCAUAUAGCAUAUAUUCAACACAAAAAACAGCGACAAUUUGUUAUUGACAAACGACAGCUGGACAUAUAAAGGGCCCCAUUACCUUCAGUAGCUUAGGGCCUCAUCAAACCUAAAUCCGGCCCUGGGUCUAUGAAACUUUUCAGUUCUGAAGCACUAUGCCAUUGGAUAACAGUUACUAGGGGGUGACAUUGGGGAAGGCCUGGUGCCUUCUUGCACCGUGUGGGUUUUUUUUGUAGGCACAUGGAAAGCCACUCUCUGAACGACUAAGAUGCUGGGCUAGAAAGACCUCCAUUCUGAUCCAGCAGGAAUCUUCUUACACUCCGGCUAUAGACAAGACCUGCCACUGCGCUUCAUUCAAAACAACAUUGGGAGAUCCAAAUAAUGUUCAUUCUACACUUGCGGAGAAUCAAUAUUUGACUACUCUUUGGAACUCCCCACGCACUGAUAUUAAGCAGUUGCUUUUUCUGUAUUGGUUUCGGUGGCUGCUAAAACCUUUGUUGUUUCCACAAUCCUACACAGGCAUGUAAUAUUAUGAUGCACAAUAGUUUUAAGGUGGCUGAUUCUAUUUACAUUUGAAAAUGUUAUCUUUAACAAUGCUUUUGAUACUAAUUUAUGUAUAUAUAUUUAAAUGAGUAUUUUAGACCAUCCUUUUUGAACAGCAUACAAGUUUUUAAAAUUGAGUAAACACUACACAAAUUUUGUUAAAUGGGUAAAAAUAAAUAAACGUGAUCUGGAGUGGGGCUUCCCAAACUUGGGUCUCCAUCCACCUGUUUUUAGACUACAGUUCCCAUCAUUCCUGAUGCUGCUCUUGCUAACUAGGGAUGAUGGGAGUUGUAGUCCAGAAAACAGAUUGGGACCCAAGUCUGGGAAACCCUGGUCUGGAGAAUUUCAAAGAAAGAGGAAAGCUCUGAUAAGUUUCAGUUUGGGGGCAAAGGAUCCUGUUCUGUGCAUCCCUUGGCUGUGUCACCUGACAUCUUCUUUCCCCUCUCUCCUUCUCUUCUCGUUUCAGGUAUACAAAUGCUCUCUGUCCAGCCAGACACCAAACCGAAAGGUUGUGCUGGCUGCAACCGUAAGAUCAAAGACAGGUAUCUCCUAAAGGCCCUGGACAAAUACUGGCAUGAGGACUGCCUGAAGUGUGCCUGCUGCGACUGCCGUUUGGGGGAGGUAGGCUCUACCUUGUACACCAAAGCCAACCUUAUCCUGUGCCGCAGAGACUACCUGAGGUAGGACUUUGCUCUUUCUACACACCUUGUACAUACGCCACACUUCCAACUCCUGCUAGGUCCUUUCCCCUUGCACUGUCUGCUGCACCACUGUCGCUACGGAUACUUUGCCACCCGGCUGCACCACAACAAGCAUGCAAAUGGUGCUCAGAGUAGAAGAAUGGUGUUGUGGGCUCAUUUUCAGACCUUGUGCCCUCAUAAGGAAGAUGUUUUUCCUAAGUGCUAUGCUGAGGGUUGUUUUUUUUUAGGAAUGCGUCUUUGACUGUGCCCCCUUUCUACAAAUGGUGGUGGUAGGCUGGGAUCGUAAGUAGCUUUAUUUAAAAUGAAAGAUCUGCAGAAAUCCUGUUUCUAUUUUUCUCUGGACAAGCAGCUUACCCACAUGAUAAAAAUAGGCUUCGGUUUCUGGACUGUACCAGUUCUGAUGGCUGAAGGAUGUAUCUGUUUGUGUAUUUCCCCCUCAGUGAGUGGGAAUCCAGAACGACGGAAACUUAGCAUGUCUGGGAGAAUCGGAGGCUAGAAUAUUUCUCUUGGACCAGUUGCAGAACUGUACUCAAGGUUAUGCAGCUGUUAAUAUUCUUUAAUACUGUUAAUACUUAUUAAUAACUCUUUAUAAAGCUUGGGUUCAAAAAUUGCCUUCUCCUCCUAAUUCCCUGUAAUGAAUGGUGGCACAAUGUUGACCUUUCAUCUUAAGCUGAACCACUUAAUUUUUUACCCUGAGAGUAUCUGGAGCUUAUUUUACAGAGCAUCCAACCCUAGUUUCACUUCAUCUGCAUUUGUUUCCAGUAAGUUCCCAGCAGCAGGUUAUAUACCAUGCAGCAAGUACUAUGUACAUUUUGGAAGAUGUCAAAUCACUUGUUCCAUCCUCACUCGCUCUCAAGGACCAUAAUUCCUAUUCAAAACAGUUAAUUAACUGCCACAAAGGAUAGCUCUUUAACUCUCCACUGAACAGUGCACAUUUAAUUCCUAGCAGUCCCUACUAGGCUACAACUAGGCCUCUCAUCUCUCUACGUUGGCGCAGAAGCCUUUUCAGUGUAUUGUGGUGAGUUCAGUGGUCUGCUUAGGCUGUACUAGGUAAACUGCUAUCUCUACAAAUGCAGUUUUUUGGGUUACUGGGAUAUAGUUGUAUUUGUAGACCCUGCAAUCAUCCUCUGAGACCCUUCUUCAUGUGCCCUGUCCACAAGAAGUCCGGAGGGUGGCAACACGAGAACGGGCCUUUUCUGUGGUGGCUCCUCAUUUGCAGAAUGCUCUCCUUCAUUACAUAUCUUUAGGUGGCAGGCAAAAAUAUCCAUUUUCUCUCAGGCCUUUGGCUAAUUAAACGGUCUAGGGUCUUUUAAACUGUGUGUGUUGCGGGUGGGGAGUAUUUUGUUCAUUGUUAUGUCAUGUAUUUUUGAGUUUUUAUACUUUAAACCACCCUUUGAUCCUCUGAUGAAGGGUAGCAUAUAAAUUAAACCAACAAACAACCUCUUAAUUUAAUUCUGUAAGCAAGUAACACUUUGGGCUAAGUUAAUUGUGUUCGCACAUUAUAUAUUUGGGGGGAAACUGUCCCUAUGCAGUCUACGCCAGCCCACCCCCCAUAAGUGAUCUGAAUGCAUGAGCCAAUCACUCAUAUAUGUCAACCUUGGGAAUUUUCUGUCUGUCUCAGGCUGAAAACAGAUGUGGUGUGGUUGAAGAGGAAUCAGAGAACUGAUAGCAGCUUGAAAGAGGCUCAGCUGCAUGCAGUAUAUACAUUCACGUCACUUUUGGCAAAUUGGUGUUACUGGUUUUUUGAAACCCCACAAAAACCUGCAACACCUAUUUGUUAGAGGCAACAGGAAGGCAAAAAACUGAGGUCAAAACUAGAGAAUUCACUCCCACAAGAAGUAGUGAUGACUAUCAAACAUGCUCUACACCGAAACAUAUUUUCCUGUCCAGUCUUUGGGUAGGUUUUAUGUGCCCCCACCCGCCACCCUGACAAAUGUGGUGAAGAAAGUGUUGGCCCCGAACCCAGGCCUACUCCCAAGUGAUGAAGCCUGACUGGAGUGGAAUAAAGCUCCCAGCUUCACGUGAGAACUGGCACCUUUGGUCCAGCCCCCUUUCCUCGAUCUAGCCUUGUCUCUUCCCCAUCGUGAUCACUUGCUUAUACUUAAAUGCGCUAUUUAUGUUAAACUUCAAGUUGAUGCACUUAACGUAAUUGCAGACAGUCAUUUGCCUCAUUGCGCCCGUAUGUACUUAGCUAUGCAGUGAACCUGUAAAAAGAAAUCUCCAUUUUUAUGCUAAUCCGGGAGGUAAAGUGUGCUCCCUUUUGUAGGCAAAUAAGCUUUCAUAUUUAGUCACUGACUUGAUAGGGAUACGUGGAACGAAUUGUCUAUGCUAAUGACUGCAUUAGGGUUAGGUUGCAGCUUCGGUCUACCACCUUUAGAGGCUUUUAAAAAAUCCUUUCCUGUAUUUUAAGCAUCUCUGAACAGGGUGUUACACACACCUGUGUACUUCUAAUUCGUGGCGCCCUCUAGAGGCAUGCAGGUUCUGUACCAAAUGCCUUCCUCUUUCCCUUAAUCAUAACACUCAAGAGAGUUUGCAGAGAAGGAGGUGAAAUUUCAGGUACUUGGGUUCUAAGUCGUUCAGGGCUUUAAACCCUUGAAUUUGGCCUGGAAAUAAACUGGCAAUCAGUGCAGCUGUUUUAAAACCCCAGCCAGUGAUCCGGCUGCUGUCUCUGGGAAGUUGACAAACAAAGCAUGAGGGCAUUAAUCCUCUCUCAAGCUUGUUCUUCAGCAAUGCCAUCUUUGAACCUAGAGGUGAGAUAAAGCUAUUGAUGACUUCUAGCUACCAGUAGCCGCAUCCUUCAUGAUUUUUCUCCAUUUCCCUUGUAAAGCCACAUAGUUUUGGUUGCAGUCACUACGUCUUGUGGUAACAAAACUAUAACAACCUAAUUCCUCAUUUACCUCAGGGGGACUGUACAAUCCAACCUCUAUUAAUAUUAUGCCAACUAGUCAAAUAUUGGGAUUCUCCUUGUGACUUUCAUUGACUUCUCUUCCAUACAUGAGGAUGCAACUAGUAAUGUUCCUUGGACCAUGUCAGAUUCUUUGUUGUUGUUUUUUUUAAAAAUAGUGUUCAUUAGCAUUUCCGGUUCGGGAAAUAUGAAUGAGGUUAGCACUAGUUUGUGGUGCCUUUUGAGGAGAGAGUGAGCCAGUGAGAUAAUUGCUUUCUGUUGAAGUGGUUUGUUUGUUUUCAAAUGGUUAACACUGAUGUGUGGGUCACCUUUCAUGGAACACUUAGAGACGUCCAUCCAAAGUCUGAAACAACAUUUUGAAUGGAAGUCUAAAAUGGCCUCCACCCUCUUUAAUUUGAGUGCUUUGUUUUAGGAAUGUGGGUUCAUCUAUCUUUCCGGUGCACUUCUGUGGUGCCCUUUUUAAGUUGGACAGGUAAAUGUUGGGUGUUUCUGUUGAGCUUUAACAGUGGGCUUUAUUAUUGGGAUUUUGCCAAGGUGUCUGAAGAACAGUCCAUGACAACAAAUGUAAUUCCUAGAGUUGUGGAACUGAAUUACCCUCUCUUCCCCCAUUAUUGUUUCUCUUCAAUUUAGGAAUAGUUUUUAAGCUAGUUGAUGAGUAUCAAAAUUUCCAGAAUCAAAGCUUAAUAAAUACAAUUUACAAAGUGUAGUUGGAUACAGAUUAGCCGAAGGUCUCCUAUUUAAAUUCUCAGUAUGAUGGACGUAUUGAUACUUUGUGAUAUUUUUCUCUCAAGCAGUAAUUCUAAAUUUUCUGUGUCCAGGGAUACUGUUCCUGCUGAAGAACUUCCACAUACCCACCACUGAGUGCAAUGCAGUGGUUUUGGGAGUGUAUUUUAGAGCAGCCUGUCCCAAACUUGGGUCCUCAGGUGUUGUUGGACUGCAACUCCCAUCAUCCCUAGUCAGCAAGGGGUGGACAAGUGUGGCUUAUAGAUUCCACAAGUUGGGUGCAAACUUUCCUGUUUUGUAUCAACAGUCUUGCAUUCCUCCAAGAAAUCUUGAAGACCCUAGUAUAGUUCAGGUACAGAGACCUUUCCUCUGAGUGCGCUGUUGACCACUGCAAAAGUUCCAGGGUUCUCUGGGAGAGAGGGGUGUAAGCUUUAAGUAUGUGGUGUGGAGAUGAGAAUUGCUAGCCCAGAGUCCAUGUUACUUGUUUUUCACAAUUCCUUCCCCUAGAAGAGGGGAAGGCUCUACAUGGAAACAAAGCAUAAUCUCUAGGGAUGCCUGAGGAAUUCAAUUUUCUUGUGAAUUCCAAUGUGAAUUGGCCUGAUUUGGGCCUUCUGGGCUUAUACGUGGAUUGGAUUGUACUUACUCUUCAGAUUUUGCACUUCUCCUAAAUUUGCAAUACUGUACAUUACAACUGUCUUCAGCUAAGAACUUGUAACAUGUUGUACAAUGCAUAAUUUAGUAUCAAGUAUGAGUUAGACGUACAUUGAGAUAAAAACAUAAUUAUGUGCAGUGCUAUUUUUCUAGAAAAGAGGUGCCGUAACUUGCCAUGAACACCUUCCUUGUUCUCUUAGAAUGGCAAUGGCACCCGCUUAAGAGGUGCUGGAACUGAGUUCUGGCAAGUUCCAGCUGAAAGACAGCCCUGAUUAUGUGUUUACAUAUGGAUUUUUAUGUGGAUUUAAGACACAAAUUAAAAACAGGAUGGGAUGGGUUUAGGAAUAAGUGCUUGCAAAGUGACACAAACUAGAAAUAGGCUUAUCCCUCCAGCUCUGCUCAUGACAGACAGAUCCCUUUCUCCCCCUUCAAAUUUGGCAUAUGGCCUAUCAAGAUCAAAUUUGCCAUUUAGCCCACCUUUGCAUGCAAAAAGUUGCACUUUCAGCCUCCAGCAUGUUCGGGUAGGGUGAGACCUUGGAGAGCUGUUGCCAGAGUGUGGUGGUUGCUCCAUUAGGGUGAAUGGGGCACUGCCCCACCAUAGAAUCAUAGAAUCAUAGAGUUGGAAGAGACCACAAGGGCCAUCGAGUCCAACCCCCUGCCAAGCAGGAAACACCAUCAGAGCACUCCUGACAUAUGGUUGUCAAGCCUCUGCUUAAAGACCUCCAAAGAAGGAGACUCCACCACACUCCUUGGCAGCAAAUUCCACUGUCGAACAGCUCUUACUGUCAGGAAGUUCUUCCUAAUGUUUAGGUGGAAUCUUCUUUCUUGUAGUUUGGAUCCAUUGCUCCGUGUCCGCUUCUCUGGAGCAGCAGAAAACAACCUUUCUCCCUCCUCUAUGUGACAUCCUUUUAUAUAUUUGAACAUGGCUAUCAUAUCACCCCUUAACCUCCUCUUCUCCAGGCUAAACAUGCCCAGCUCCCUUAGCCGUUCCUCAUAAGGCAUCGGACCAACCUUUUAUCUAAGGACCAACCUGAGUCUGCCCUCAGCCAGCCCCCCAACUGCCUCCCUCCUUACUGAACAACAAGUCCAGAGGGUUCUUCCUCUGUCUCCAUCUCACCUUUGCAGAACUCGGUAACAGGAAGGAGAAAACCGGAAUUAUUUGCCCUACAAAUCCCAUUGGUCACUCGUCUCCACUGUGCUUUGAUGGCCAAGUGGUCUACCUGGGUAUAGAGCAGUUCUCUAUGUCCUAGCUCCACUCCUGUGGCGUCCUGGGCCAGUUCCUUUUGUCCCUACGUGUUAGAGGAGCAGAUAAGAUUUCCAGGCAGCUGCAUGGCAGGGCGCUGUGCAGCUCUGCUGCUGAAGUUAGUAUCUGGCCAUGUGGUAUGAAAUAGAUGAAUGCCUGGCAAGUAUAGGUAAUUCAGUUGCAUUAACUAAUGAGCUUCAUCAGAUGCAAUGGAAAUAACGAAAGUGCAGCUGCACGGAGCUGGUAGCAAUGUAGGUCAAUCACCCUUUUCACUUUGGGUUUUUAACUAGGCGUAUCCUGCUGAGCAGCCAAUGACUACAAAGUGCCGUUUCAUUUCCAAUUUAAUUUUGGCAGCAUUUUACCAAAGAGCUGCUAUUCUCCCACAUGCACACGCACACACACAUACACGGCUUAAAUUAUCUUUGCACUCUGAGACUUUAACUCCAAUUUGGAGAUGCUGAAUGUCUCUCUCUGUGUGUGUGUCUUAGCAAAGAUUAUGGUGCCUUUCUAAAACGUGUUUCCCCCCCCCCUUAAAAAAAAAACCCCCUUCUGCAUAGAAAUUGAAUUACUGCACUUUAUACAACUGUCAUGUUAAAUAUUCCAGCCAUGCACAGGGCUCCUGUAAAGAGGAUUAUCAAGCUUGAAUAUGGGGGGAGUUUUCCCCCCUGCCCCUUUUGAAAAAUACAUCUUGAAGCUUAGUGGUCUCUUCCUUCCCCACCCUCUUCUCAUGGCCUGUUUAAUUAGACUUGUAAAUGUACUGCAGGGUUCCUCCAAAAGGAAGCUGCUCUCAUGACUGAUGCAGCGCUAACCUGAAAGUUUGGUGGAGGAAGAAAUGAGCAAGGCCCUGGCAAUUUUUUGAGUAUUGAAGGCAGAGCAGACCCCAACAACACGCUGUCUCCUAAUAGUUGCAAUGAAGCACAGUUCGCUGAUAGGGAGAAGGAGGCAGUGCAUGUGGAGUGUGAGUUGUAUGUUUGGCAGCAGCAGUGGCAGCCAUCAUCUCUUCUCCUCCUGAGCCCUCUCCCCAGCGGUUCCCCUCUGCUGGAAGACAAUACAGUGGUACCUCGGGUUACAGACGCUUCAGGUUACAGACUCCGCUAACCCAGAAAUAGUACCUCGGGUUAAGAACUUUGCUUCAGGAUGAGAACAGAAAUCGUGCUCCGGUGGCGGCGCAGCAGCAGCAGCAGCAGCAGCGGGAGGCCCCAUUAGCUAAAGUGGGGCUUCAGGUUAAGAAUGGUUUCAGGUUAAGAACGGCCCUCCGGAACAAAUUAAGUUCUUAACCCGAGGUACCACUGUACUGUGAGCGCCAUGUAAUCUGCUCCGUGCUCCUGGAACUAUCUUGCUGGUGGAGUUGAGGGCCUCAUCAAGGCCAGAUUUAGGUUUGAUGAGGCCCUAAGCUACUGAAGGUAAUGGGGCCCUUUAUAUGUCCAGCUGUCUUUUGUCAAUAACAAAUUGUUGCAGUUUUUUGUGUUGAAUAUAUGCUAUAUGGUAAUUUAUGGACCUAAUAGGUAUCUCAAGCCAUUUGCACAUGUUGCCAUGCAACCAAUCCAUGCAGAAUGUAGGCACCCUAUAUAUAGAAAGGAGCAAACCAGUGAUAUUUUAGGUAGCAGGCGAGCAGGUGGGGCCCAUUGCUUACAUCAUAGGAGCCUACACAACACAAAUCACAUAUGUUUUAUUUGUUUUUUAUCUUAUAUUUUGGAAAUGUACGUCCAGUUUUUCCCCCUUUACAUUUUUGGGCCCCCCUCCAAGAGAGUGGGGCCCUAAGCUAUAGCUUGUUUAGCUUAUACAUAAAUCCGGCACUGGGUCUCAUCACCAAACACCAGUCUAGUUAUCUUCUGCAAAGGGCACCACCUUGUCCUUUGCCUCAGGUGCCAAAAGCUCUUGGCCUUGCCGCAUCUCUUUGACAUGGAUGGAAGUUGCACUUCCUUUCAGUGGAGAACCACCUGGGCGUUUGUGGCCUGUGGGUCAAGUCUCUCUGUGCUCCAUUCUGUUGUCCUUAAUCCACCCCCACAUGCACACAGUCGGCUACUUGAGGUAGGUGCUAGGGCUGCAUGAUAUAUUGAUAUAGCAUCCCAAACCCGAUUUGAAGUCCAUAGUGUGAUACUGGUUUCAUAAUUUUUGACCUGGCAGCAUAUCACAAAUCGUGAUGUGUGUGUGCUUGUAUGCUAUGCAAAAUUACAAUUCAUGGGGAAAACCCAUGAAGCCAGCCAUUGCUCCUCUAGAUUCCUGCAGCCCCUGUUUAUUCUGCUGGCUCAGCUGUCCCCUGCCUCCUGCAGGGGCAAGCGAAUCGCAAGAGCAGGUGCUGGCAAAAGCCACAAAGUGGGAAAAAUCAUGAAGCCAGCCAGUGCCUCUAUAUAGCUCCAUCCUUAUUUCAGACACCAUGAUAUAUUGGUAUAUUCCUGCUUUCUGAAACAGUAUCCAGACUGAAGCACAGCCAUCGUUUGAAAUUUGCACUUCUCUGAAGUUUGCAGGGCAGUUCUCCAGCCAAGUAAAAUGUGCAAAAGUGCACAUACUAGGGUAAAUGUUCAUAUAAAUGUAUGUAUUAGUGGAAAUAACAACAAUGCAUUGCUGUAGAGAAAACUGUUUUGUAAAAAUGUGUGUAUUAGCAAAAAUGCAUACAAAAAUAUCCACUAAAAUGCUGAUGAAUUUUCACGUUUGUUUUUUAAGUUAGCAAACUGGUGUGGAGAACUGAAUAUACGAUUGGGGAAAAAUAAUUAUCUUUAUUUCACCAAGUUUAUAUACUGCAGUUGACAGAUAUGCCCAUUCCUUGCUGUGAUCAAUGCAAUGUUUUGGGUGGGCUUUGGGAAACUCCCCUCCAUCCUGUGUCUGUGCCGAAAUUCAGGUUCUUAGAAAAUUCAGUACAGGACUGCAUGCUACUAGAAUCUAUGAGAAUUAUUUACUUGGUACUGUACAAUUUUCUUUAUUUGGCAAUUAAUCCAUCAAUUUUGAGAGUGGGUAAUAAAACACAUCAAAAUCUGGCCUCAGGAAUAAUUUGACUGGGUGUCAAUUUGGGCUAUGGGUGAAAGCGUUUUGCUAUAGAAUACCAAGUGAUGUAAGGAGGAUUCUUUCUAAGUUCACAAGCACAGUUAAGGCUUGAGUCUACUUAUGUGCCCAAUUAUACACCAAAAAUGUAUUUGUGCAGCAUAAUUUUGUAAAUAUUUGUAUGCACAUACAAAUGUGUAUGGGUAGUUUAGGAAACCUGGAUUGUAUACAUAGAUGAUAUUAUGCGGAUGAUGCGUGGGAAUUGCUUGCAUUUUUUUAUGCAAACUGUUUUUUAAAAAAGUAUUCUCAUCAAAAUCAAGGAAUGUGAUGGGAAUUAGAAAAAAAAUGUGCAGAUAACGCUGACAUUGAGGUUUUCAGAAUAUUCCAACCAAAGAUACAGCUAUCAUAACAGCAAGUCUUAUCUUCCAUUAAUUUUUCUAAUCAUGUUUAAUGUCAUCCUAGCCAUGAUGACUCACUCCCUCUUGUGGCACUGAAUUCCAUAGUUUAACUAUGUGCUGUGUUAAGAAAGACUUCCUUUUCUUCUGCCCGGAAAGUCGUGGCUUUGUUGGAGAGGGAGGAACUUAUCACUAUCCUCUGUCUCCAUGCUGUUCAUAAUCCUACACACACCUCUCAUUUCCUCCUCCUCCUUUUGCUUGCUUUCCUCCCCCUAAACUAAAUAGUCCACUAUUUACAAAAGUUACAAAAGGUUGUUAACUAAAUGUUACAACCUUUUCUCAUAGGUACAUGGCCCCAAAACAAUUUUGCCUGCCCUCUUCUGUACCUUUCCAACACUUUCUCCAGCUUUCCCCAGCAUGAAUGCAGAGGCUCUCGGAUUUGUGUAGUAGAACGAUCUUGCAGAGUGUAGAGAGAUGCGUGUCAGAAGAGAACAAGGAGCUGGGAGUUCCUCCCUCCCCAGUGAUUACCGUUUCUCUGUGGAAAUGACCAAACAGUUUCUUUCUCCAGCUUCUGAUUCUGUUGCAUCCUUAUCUGAUUUCUAGAGCAGCCAGGGAGUCCCCAUUGUGUGUGAGCAGAACUAAAAAUGUGUUCGCAUGUAGGGCUGGCUCCAGGUUUGAGGGGCUUCGGGCACUGGUGGGCCCCCUUCAGGGCCGUCUUUACCCGGGGAUGCGGGGCACCUGGGUGUUGGAUUCUGGGGGGCACUCGGCGCUGAAGCAGCCUAAGUGUAUUGUAUUGAGCUGCUAUGCGGCAGAGGGGCCAGCGGCACCUUUGACACGACUGAUCUCACGCCGCCUACCUGCGAAUGCUGCUGCAGGGAGAGCUCUCUGGAAAGUCUCGCUCACCAAAGCCAGGAGGAGGGGGAGUGACAGGAAAGAGGGAGAGAUAGGCAGAAAGAGAACACGCCUAUCUAGCCACGGGAGCAUGCACAGGCUCCAGAAGAAGAACUCGUAUAUGCAUGCUCUCAAGGGCCCUCCCAGCUGUGUGGUGAGCCAGUGUGGUGUAGUGGUAAAGAGCGGUGGACUCGUAAUCUGGUAAACCUGGUUCAUGUCUCCGCUCCUCCACAUGCAGCUGCUGGGUGACCUUGGGCUAGUCACACUUCUCUGAAGUCUCUCAGCCUCACUCACCUCACAGAGUGUUUGUUGUGGGGGAGGAAGGGAAAGGAGAAUGUUAGCCGCUUUGAGACUCCUUUGGGUAGUGAUAAAGCGGGAUAUCAAAUCCAAAUUCUUCUUCUUCUUCUUCUUCUUCUUCUUCUUCUUCUCCUUCUCCUUCUCCUUCUCCUUCUCCUUCUCCUCCUCCUCCUCCUCCUCCUCCUCUAGAAAUAAGGUUGCUCCCAGAAUGAAAGGCUGCCUGAGAUGGCUCUCCCACGCAUGCGCACAAUGCCUGCCCGUCUCAUCUUUCAGACACAUUGAAGGCAAUGUGAGGUCUUCACCUCAGGUGGCAGGAUCCACAGGGGCAACAGAUCCCAACAUAGAUUUUUAUUCCUCCCUUGCUGUAGAUCUUCACUCAGCCCUUCUUUCCUGGCGGGGAGGGAGGCACCAUUUUGUGAUUUGCCUCAGGUGCCAAAAUUUCUCAGGCUGGCCCUGAGCAGCAUCAAAGUCCCCUGAGGUGCUCAGUGUAGCAUUAUUCUGGAGCACUGUAGGAAAGUAAAAUGGAGGCUCAUAGACUGAGUUCUAGGGCCAGGGCAGAUGUAAGCACUGGUGGACCUUACUGGAGUCCUAGCAGCUGCCUUCGGAUGCAAGUCACCGAUCCUAUGCCUAUGUACAAGAAUCUUGUACAGUCGGCAAAGGUCUGAGAGUAUCCCCAAAGAUACUGUCAGCUUUGAAGGGGGCUGUGUUAAUGGGUCCUUCAGAGGCACUUUAAGCAUAGAACGAAUCUUUGGUUUGAGUGCUGCUUCCUUGUUGACAUUAUGGGCAGUUUUCCUGACUUCGGUGUCUCAUUAUUUAUGUGAAAAUAUUGUUAAUAAUGUGCCAGGGCUGGUAUUUGACGACUUCCUGUAAGAACUGUGGGGGUAAAAUACUACCUAUUUCACACCAUUGUGAGUGCGCAUGUAAAUAAAAUUCCCACAAUGGUGCUAUCUGUGGCAUCUGACGUUGUUCUGGCUCUACAAUUCUCGUAUCAUUUUAUCAAAAUUAGUGCUUGGGAUUAUGUGUGGGUUUUAUUCUCUCAUGAUUGAUGAGAUAAUCCGUGUAGGGGAUAAGCUCAUUUUUGAUGCAUGCCAAAACUGGUAACGAAGGAAUGUUUUAUAUAAUAAAAUAUUGCUGAGCUAGACUGAUUCAUGUAUUCUCAUUUGCACAGUUUUCUGAGGGGCAUAUUCAAUUAUGUUAUUACACUUCGUGUUUAAUGCUUAACAGCAAAUUUCUUCCAGCUUACGACAAAUUAAAUAAAUUGCUACAAGUGUUCUUGCUGGUGGUCUGUCUCUUCUCUUAAAGCACAGCACAGAUUAACUUAUUUGUUUAUACUGAAUUGUUGUAUAGGCUUGUUGACUUCCAAAAUCAAAGAUUCUGCAACCUGGAGGUGGCAGCUCUAUAAAGGUAGUGGAUAGCUCAAAAAUACCUUCUUGCUUUUUUUAUAAUUAUAAUUACUUUAUAAUUUAAAAACCCUGGGGGACUAGGGAAGCAUUGGCACCCCUGUCGGUGUAAGGUUGCAAAACGGAUUCAGCAUGCAUACUUGAAGAGACUAAUGCGAUAUCGAGUCCUAAUGUUUUUAUUUUAUUUAAAUGGAACUGCUUUUCAGGAUCUUGGGUCCUCCCAAAAUCUCUUCCCCCCUCAACCCCCCCCAUGAAUCUCUGAAAAAAGCAAACACACAGUAGGAAUAGCAUUGUAGGAAUAACAUUUCCACAGUUAAAAUCAACAUACAGUUGAAAAUUCUUUACAUAUAUAAAAAAACAGAGAAUCAAAUAGCAAUAAUGACAUAAGCUACAAUCUCUUGCAAAACCCCCAUGAAUCCCCAACAUAUAACCAAAGCAUUCCUCAUUCCUCAAAUCCAAGCUAUCCUGGCUUGCCUUAGCCCAGCCAGAUGGGGGGGGGGAUUAAUAAAAAAAAAUUAUUACUAUUAAUUAUUAUAAAAGCAGAUUGAAAAAGAUUUUUAAAAGGAAUUGUUUGUUUGUUUGUUUGUUUGUUUGUUUAUAUGCUGCCCACCUCACUGCCCAGAAAUCAAGGAGGGAGACACCUUUAUCUUGGGCAAGUGAGUUCAAUAGACAAAAUACGUUGGUUGGUGCCUCCACUCCCCACUUCCUAUCCCUAGCCUGGUCAUAUUCAGUGAUAUCACAGGGUACCUCUGUGGCUGCUUGAAGGCCCAGGUAGCGUCAUAUGUGCAUAAGCAGUCCUUCAGGUAACUUGGGCUUUAAAUGUCAUGAAACAAUUUAGAAAUCUUCCUUAGAACCGCCCCGAAUAUUCUCAAGUUCACAGCUUCAGUUAGAAACCGAUGGGAUAGAAAAUAUGAUUGUACAUAACAUUUGCCCAUUUGUAGAAUCCUGCUGGUCAUUGUUUCCAUAGCAUUCCCACCACCACCUUUCGCCACAUGAGUGAUGGCACCAUCUCUAUGGUGUCUAGAGUGGCAGCUCCUUCAAUAAUGCCACCAUGGUUAUGAAAAGCCUCCCUCGCCCCCUGCUGGUAUUCAGCCGUGUUUUUCUAAACUUCCUAACAGGUCACCAGCUUACUGUUUUAGGCAGUGCCAUAUUUACAUAUAAGCUAAACAAGCUAUAGCUUAGGGCCACACUCUCUUGGGAGCCCCAAAAACAAACCUGGAUGUACAUUUCCAAAAUAUAAGAUAAAAAACAAAUAAAAUAAAACCUACAUACAGUUAGAGCUUAAUAAUUAUUUCACAAUUAAAAUACUUCUUCUUAAUUGUAUUUCACUAUUAAUAUACAGUACUACUUCUUAAAUGUAUUUCAGUUCAACAAUUACUUUGAUAAAAUACAUAUUUUGUUAUGUGCAAAUAGCUUUAGAUACCUAUUAGGUCCAUAAAUUACCACAUAGCAUAUAUUCAACACACACAAAAAACAGUGACAAUUUGUUGUUGACAAAGGACAGCUGGACAUACAAAGGGCCCCAUUACCUUCAGUAGCUUAGGGCCUCAUCAAACCUAAAUCUGGCCCUGGUUUUAAGCAGUACUUGCUAUGAUUAGAAUUGUACACUUCCUUGCGUGUCUGGCCCUAGAUGUGAGGAUCUUCUCAGUCAUGUGGACCACCCUCAUACUUCAUGGUGGUCUUAUCUUGUUACACCACGAGGGUGCCGGACUUUACUUUAACAGCAAAUAGCAGACAAGACAAAAAGUCGAGCCUUCUGAAUCAGGUCCAUGGCACAUUUAGUCCCAACAUCUCGUUCUCUAGGUGGUUUUAUUUGUAUUCUCAAAUUUUUUUUUGGAAAUUUUUGUUGUUACUUGUUACUUUUUGAAAAUUUAAUAAAUAUCAAUUUAAAAAAAAAAAAAAAAACCCGAUGUCGGCAAGCACCACCCAAGCACAAGAGCACUGUCUCCUCAUGUGUUUCCCAUCCAAUGGUCUUCAGAAGUGUUACUGCCUCUGAACGUUAUUCUCUCCAACUCCUAUGAACUAGGGUUGCCAUAUCUUGAGCCACUGCCAGCCCAAGCUGGGGAAAGAAGCAUGCAGGCGAGCGGGACCGCCACUGCACCCGCACGCCUCUUUCCCUGACUCGGGCUGGCAGCAGCCACGGCGUGCAGAGCCGCCCAAGUCAAAAACCCCCCCAAUAGAAAUUUUAAAAGACAUAAGACAAUUGUUCAUGUAUCCUACCACAGCAGCAAGAAUUAUUGUAGUGAGGAAGUGGGAAAACAAAACAAUACCGACAAUUACAGAUUGGCAGAUACUCAUGUUAGAAUAUUUACAGCUAGAAAACUGACGGGAAGAGUUAGAGGAGUAUUGAACCAGAAAAUAUUUGGAGAAUAUUUAAGGAUAUAUAAGAUCAUAUUGUACCAACCACACCAUAUUAGCAGAACUUGAGUGAUACUUGUAAACACAACAAAUACUGUCUGUGGAGUAGACGGGAACAAUAUUAAAGAAUAUAUAACUGUGCAAAAAACCAGAUAGUAUAAACAGUACAAUGAGAAUGAUUGGAAGACUCAUUUUGCCAGACGUCUUUUUUAUUUAAGUGUUUAUUUAACUAUUAAUUAGGAAGAUUAAGUUUUUUAUGCACGUAAAUCUGCUUUUUCUUCUUUCUUCUUUGUUUUUUCUUCUUUUCUCUUUUCAUAAUUGUUUUUCUCUUUAAUUUUCUUUUUGUAGUAUGAGAUUGUAAAUUCUUUGUAAAUUCUUUGUAUAUGUGUGUAAUUUAAAUUAAUAAAGAUUAUUUAAAACAAAACACCCCCCCCCCAAAAUCCCCCCCAACCCAGACAUCUCCUUUAAAAAUGUAAAUAUCUGCCAGGAUCAAUAUGUUGCCCCACCACCACCAAAGAGGACAUGUCCGGGUUUUCUUGGACAUAUGGCAACCGUAUAUGAAAGGUUGCUUCUCAGCACCCACCAUUUUGUUUUUCCGCACAAUGGCCUGAAUACUUGCAUCGUCCAGGAUAUUGUGAGGGGGAAAUAAACUCACAACUGACAGACAAAUGGUCCCUGCUGGAGUUUAGCGCUUCUUGGUGCAGUGAGGGCAGACAGCAGCAUGGCUAAGCCUACAGAUGCUGUGUGUUGGCGCCAGGCCUGUUAACUUGUAUAUGGCAAAAAAUAAAUGUUUGAAAUGGGGCUGCUUGAAACCUGCCCUUCUUGCUGCUUAUCUCUCAACAUGCCGAUUCUGAAGCUCUCUCAGCAAAGGUCUAUUGAUUGUGUUCCUUUGAACGCUGGACAUGCUUCUGAAUUUUGCCGAAAGUGAGAUUCCAGGCAAAUUUGGAGUUUCCUGCUAGCAGGAGCCCUCAUGCCAGUGCUUACACUAGGGUACAACGCCUGAGGAAUUUUGAGAGCGCCAGUAUUUUGCUAAGAGUAGUGAAACUUCUCCACACCUCCCCGGAGAAGGGAAGAGUGCUUCAUCUUUGCAUUGUUUUAUAGACUUUUUUUUCCUAAAGCCCAACUGCUCGGAAUGAAGAAAUAGAAAAAAAAUCCGCUGUAUGAAUUGCUGAAGACCAAAGACAAAACAAUGACCGAGGAUUGGUGCAGAUCUGGUGAGAAGAAAGCGUUGGGCCCAAUUUCUGCACACUUCAGUCAAACAGCCCAAUAAAGUCACCAGGAGGGCUGGAAAAGUCCUCUGUUGAGUACAUGGAUAAGUUUUAAAGUUCAGUGAGGGGGGAUGGGGACCAGGAAACUUUCUUUAACAAAAAAAAUCAAGUGGCUGGAAUAAUUUUCUUCAUUUAUUAUGAAAUCUAGGAAGUGAAAAACUAGGCUGCUCCUAUGGUCUGGUAAAAAACCCAAUAAUUAUGUGUGACUAUAAAAUUAAGCACAUAGUUACUUGGUAAGUAAACAAUUGGUGAUGCAAUAGUAUUUAAAUAGUGGAUCAGGCCAGGGAGAUUGUACAGCUAUUAAAGGUAAGGGGACCCCUGACCAUUAGGUCCAGUCGUGACCGACUCUGGGGUUGCAACGCUCAUCUCACUUUAUUGGCUGAGGGAGCCGGCGUACAGCUUCCGGGUCAUGUGGCCAGCAUGACUAAGCUGCUUCUGGCGAACCAGAGCAGCGCAUGGAAACGCCGUUUACCUUCCCGCCGGAGUGGUACCUAUUUAUCUACUUGCACUUUGAGGUUCUUUUGAACUGCUAGGUUGGCAGGAGCAGGGACCAAGCAACGGGAGCUCACCCCGUCGUGGGGAUUCAAACCGCCAACCUUCAGAUCGGCAAGCCCUAGGCUCUGUGGUUUAACCCACAGCGCCACCCGCGUCCCACUGUACAGCUAUUAGGACUGUCCAUAUUCAGCACUGAUGCAAUUGUAACCAUGAGAUCCUUGAGUUCAAGAUAACCCCGGAAUCUCAUGUGGACAUCUCUCUCAUUUUAAGUCUCUCUCUGUCUGUUACAGCGAAAGCCCAGCUGCCUUUGUGCAUUUGUGCAACAACCAGCUGUUUGUGGAAUGUUAAAGUCGGCCUGUGCAGGAUAUGCUUGAAUGAAAGAAACCCAAGGUUUGCACUUAACAAAGUCGCCGUGCUUGCACAACGAUUUUUGCUCAUGCAUUGUAACAUCUCCUCCCCUGUCUGCUCCCCCCCUGGAUUUUGCUCUUGGUUUUUCCCCAACCCCCAGAACAGAUCUGAGUUCAUGGGGGAGAAGGAGGCAAGAAUCCCUGCUGCAUACGCAGAAGUUGUCGGAGAGGUGAAAGGACUUUGCUGAACGCAACCCAUAAUUUCUACCUGAGCUUUGAAGCCUGAUCUGUAGGAGAUCUCUUAGAAUGCUGAGAGGGCUAUUGAUUCAGUGCUGUUAAACCUUCCUAGGCAAGAAAGAAAGGAAAAAUGAGAUGGUCUUGUUGCUGCCUUGGUGUAGCUUUUCCAGGAGAAGGUGCUGAAUGUGAAUUAAGGGAAGGAGCUCGAGUCCAAGUACUGGCAAUAGAACCAUGAUAGGAAGGGAUUUAACUUUUUAAAGUCUUGUACUACAUAGGGUUUACCCAAUGUCUUACUACUGUCUUCCCCUCCUCUGUCAACUUUUCAGAAAUGAAGACUGCAUCAUUUCAAUUUAGUUGAUAGUUUUGAUGGAUGAGUUGCUCCUGAACAUUGGAUUUGUGGGAAUGUUCAGGGAGGCAGGAGAGGGUAUAUUGUUUAAUGAUAUCCUUCCUAACUUGCGCUAGCAAGUUCUAUGUCUUAGCAGAGUUUAAACAUUCCCCUUUAAACGCACAGUGGUUUGCUUGUUGCAGGCUCGUCUGACCCUCUUUAUAUAAGAUUCCUGGUAAGAUCCCUUCUUGUCCCUCUUAAAAGGAAUAUACACGACAAUCUUAUUAAAGUGAAUAUAAAAGUAGUUUACUCACAUUCAUUCAGUUCACAGUUAGACCCCUGAAGGCGGACUUAGGUUACAAAAGUAUAUAUAUACAUGUGGAACUAUCCCAUAAGGGAGUUAGUCCCAAGUGACUGCAGACAGGCAGUCACUUCUGCUCACACACAGAGAAAAACAAAAUGGAGAAGAGAGGAGCAAAAGAAGAUGGUGUUCUCCUCUUCCCCAGAUUAGGCCACACACACACUCUAGACACAUGCAGAGGAUGUUUGUCCCAGAUCAGGAGGAAACAGGAAAUUUUCUCCUGGCUGGUACAAAGCAUCUCCUAGCAUGUCCAUUCUACGAACGUUGUACUUGACUGCUAUGUGUUUCAUAUCCCACAGGAUUAUUACUGUUUUUUAUAUUUUUUAAAAAACCUUAAACUAUAGGUUGCAAAUGUGCCAUUAAGGGGCAUUCAUUCCCAUGCAUGAGGCAGGGUAAGUAAUGCUUCUUCUGAGGUGAUGCCUGCUGUAACACAUGUACCUCCCCUCCAUGAAUAUGCAUGCAACCAAUUAAAAACCUGUACAAUUUAUUUUUAUUAUGGUGACAGUCCUCCUUAAGAUGUUUUACUUAUUUCCCAGGUCCCAGUACUAAAAGCUUACCUACCUUUUUUAUUUGGGAAAACCUUUGGCCCAAACUCCUAGUCACUAUUGCCCACUGCAAUGGACUCUUAAAUAUGUUUGACUGCAAUAUUCUUCCCAGUUUUCCCCCUCUCUUCAUUUCCUCUCCUCCUCCUCUUCUACUUUGGAAGCCUCUUGAGGCAGAGACUUGAUCCCCACCCAUUCUUUUGUAACUAGCACUGUCUCAAUAGCUAAGCCGUGCACACGAAAACAAGAGGCCUCUCUUUACGAAUUCUAAACUAAAUAACAGGGCAUUGCAAAAUUCUGUAAUUCUGGAUCUACUAGUUGUGUGUGUGCGUGCGUGUGCGCCAACGAACCCAUUUCCUCGAAAUGUAUGCUCUUCCUUCUGCAUGGAAAACUGUGUCCGAACCCCUCCAGUUUCAAAAGACAUUUGUGAUAUGGCAAGGAAGACGUGACUGUCGUCCCAAGCAAAAAGGCGUAAAAAUGCAUAGUGUCCUCCCCGAAAAAAAAUUCCUGACCCAAGUAUUGAGUGUUUCUGUGCUCUGUUUCUAUUUUGGACUUGCUGUUAUGGAAUGCCUGGAGAAAUGCUGUAAUUAAGUGAGGUCUCCAAUCCCAGGAUUUUGUUGCCUGUCAUAUAUGAAAUACUUAAAAGUGGUUUUUUAGCUCCAAGUGACUGAGCAAAAGAAGCCAGGCUUAAAGAAAAUUAAGCUUUGGUAUGCAACCUGACAAUCACGUAAUACUUGGGUAUUGCUGCUCUCCGUUUCCCUAAAUUGCAAAUCAGCUGGUGGGAUAGGAGUGGAGUUUUUCCACCCCACCACCAAGUUGUGAGAGAGCCUUAAAAAUCAGUGAAUGUGUUGCUUUCAAGACAGGCAUAUUAUAUGGGGUGGGACGAUGACCCCGGUGUGCUGUAUGGGCAAAAUCCCAAGCUCACUUUGUUUGUGUUUUUUUUUGUUUUUUUUAAAUAAUAUUUAUUAGAGUUUCAAAGAAGUUACAAAAAAGAGAAGAAGAAAAGGAAAAAGAAAAGAGAAAAAAAAGAGAGCAGAAAAUACAAGAAAAUAUAAACAAUUAAAAACAUUUCCAUAUUUCCAUGUCUUAUCUUUCAUUUACUUGUUUCCCUGACCACCUCACACCUCCCUUUUUUGUAUUCUAGUUCAGUUAAAUAUUUCAGCAAAUCCUUUCCACUUGGAUUUUAUCCUAAUAAAUUAUCUUAGUGUACUAUAAUUUUACAUUCUCGUUUCACCACUUAAAAAAUCAAUUUUUACCUAAUCUUUUAUAUCAUUUCUGCUAAAACCACAUUGCUUCAUUCCAACAUCCUUCUAGCAUUCCUGGAUCUUGCAAUGUUUCUGUAAAUAAAUUUUAAAUUUUUUCCAAUCUUCUUCCACCAACUCUUCACCUUGGUCUCGGAUUCUGCCAGUCAUCUCCGCCAGUUCCAUAUAGUCCAUUACUUUCAUCUGCCAUUCUUCCCGAGUGAGUAAAUCUUGUGUCUUCCAGUAUUUUGUGAUGAGUAUUCUUGCUGCUGUUGUUGCAUACAUAAAAAAAAUUCUAUCCUUCUUUGGCACCAAUUGGCCGACCAUGCCCAGGAGAAAGGCCUCUGGUUUCUUCUGGAAGGUAUAUUUCAGUACCUUUUUCAUUUCAUUAUAGAUCAUCUCCCAGAAAGCCUUAAUCCUUGGGCACGUCCACCAAAGGUGAAAGAAUGUACCUUCAGUCUCUUUACAUUUCCAACAUUUAUUAUCGGGCAGAUGAUAGAUUUUUGCAAGCUUGACUGGUGUUAUGUACCACCUAUAUAUCAUUUUCAUUAUAUUCUCUCUUAAGGCAUUACAUGCCGUAAACUUAAUACCUGUGGUCCACAACUGUUCCCAGUCAGCCAUCAUGAUGUUAUGUCCAACAUCUUGAGCCCAUUUAAUCAUAACUGAUUUCACCGUUUCAUCCUGAGUAUUCCAUUUCAACAGCAAGUUAUACAUUCUCGACAGAUUCUUAGUUUUUGGAUCUAACAAUUCUGUUUCCAAUUUUGAUUUCUCCACCUGAAAUUCCAAGCUCACUUUGUGACCUCUCUAGUUAAAAGUGAUGCAGGAAAGUUUUCUGCCUAAGACCCUGGAGAGUCUCACUGUCAUUGUAGAAAUUUCUGGGCUAGGUGGGCGAACAGCUUGACUUGGCAUAAGGUACCUUUCUGUGUUGCAUUUGAGAGGGAAGGACCAUGGCUUCGGGCUUAACCACACUUACCAUUCCUCCAUGCUUUCCAGGCACGGCUUGCACUUUAACAUUUCUUACCCAAGCAUCCUUUGUUUUUGCUCUAGGGCUUUCCCUGUGAAAAUCUACUCUUUAAAGCUGAAUCAGAGCAAACAGGAAUCUGCAAAAACCCCAAAUAGCCAUUUGCUUCAAUUCAGCUUUAAAGAGUGGGUUUUUUGUGGGGAAAGCUCUGGAGCAAAAACCAAGUGACAUGGAACUUUAAAGUUUAGACCUCUGCCUGGAAAGAGCAGGGGAAAAGGCAAGUGUGGAUAAGCCUUUAGUGGCAGAACACAUGACUUGCAUGCGAAACAUCUCAGGUUCAAGCCCUGGUAGUGCUGGGAAAUAUUCCCUCUCCGAAACCUUGGAGAGUUAUUGGCAGACCAGUGGUAGGAAAUCUCAGGUGGAGGGCUGAACGCCACCCUCCAGACCUCAUGAGUGUUUUUCCCCCGGUUGAAAUAUAUCCUUGAAAUUCCUCUUACUUGUUGGGUGGGGAGGGGUGUAUGUAUGCAUGUGUGUGAAACCACACUGGCUGUUGUGUGGCUGGAAUGUAGCAUACAGGUAAAGGUAAAGGACCCCUGGACACUUAAGUCCAGGCGACUAUGGAGUUGUGGUGCUCAUUUCGCUUUCAAGCUGAGGGAACCGACGUUUGUCCACAGACAGCUUUCCGGGUCAUGUGGCCAGCAUGACUAAACCAUUACUGGUGCAUGGAACCGUGACGGGUGCCAGAAUGCACAGAAAUGCCAUUUUAGCUUCCCGCCACAGCGGCACCUAUUUAUCUACUUGCACUGGUGUGCUUUUGAACUGCUAGGUUGGCAGAAGCUGGUACAGAGCAACGGGAGCUCACCCCGUCACAUGGAUUUGAAACGGCGAUCUGCUGAUCGGCAAGUCCAUGUGGUUUGGACCAGAGUGCCACCCAUGUCCUUUUGUAGCAUGCAAUGAAAAGCUAAGCGUUGCAAUUCCCCCCUCCCCCACCAGCUUUGCCCUUGGCCCCGUCCACCAUUGUCCUGUGGCCUGUGGAAGACUACUCAUGAGGAAACACAGCUCUCAGGCCAAAAAUGGCUCCUGAACCGCAUUUGUAGAUAGUCCUGAGCUAGGUGGACUUGAAGCUUUUGAGAACAUAAGAAGCAUCUGCUUUGUUAGACCAGUAGAAGGUCUCAUCCAACAUCUUGUUCUCACAAUGGCCAAACAGAUUGAUGCCAUGGGGAAACCCGCAAGCAGGCCCUCAAGAGCACUCUCUUCUCUUACUUGAUGUAAGACACCUUUCUAGACUUCUAAGCAGUUUUGGGACUGAAUCUGUCAAGGAAAUUGGGCACUGCAGAAGACCUAGCUGACUUUGCAGGGGGAAAGUGCAUUCUGCUCUUUAGGUCACCAGUGAGCUUUCCUUGCGCUGCUGAGAUUGCACAUUUUGAAAAUGUAGCAAAAACCGGGGGCUGGAUUGGGGCAAGUAGGAGUUGCCAAACAAGUGAAAAGUCCCGGCCAGUGUGUGUGUGUGCGCGCGCCUGUAUGUGUGUGCCCAAAUAUCCCUGCCUGUAUAAUAAAAAUGAAGCAAUCUUGUCUCCUUUAUUACAGGAACAGCUUUCACGUUUUGUAAAUGGGGAUAUUGUUUCACUUAAAGGGCAUCAGAUGGAAUUUGUGCCUUAAAGCAAGUUAUACCAUAUUAUAAAAUCUUGGUAGUAAUCUUUUAUGGCUUAAGCAGCAAGGUAAAUCAUCGGUUGCCGAGGAGGCCGACUGAACUGGAGAGGCAUUGAACAUCACAGAAGUGCUUAGUGAAUUGAAUUCUUGGCUUUGGUAUUGGGUGGGGGCAGAGAGGAAAACUCCUUGCUUUGACAGAUUAGCCACCUUAGUCAGUAGAAGUGUGUGUGGCUGGGUGGUGGGUGGGUAGUUCUGUACUAAAAUAUGCCUGGCAAUUUUUCAGAACUUUUCUUCCCCCAUAGCAGAGGCUUCCAUUUUUCCACCUCUUUUGCAUGAUGCUUGGGAACUUGGGUGGGUGCAUCUGAGCUUACCUUAUCCUUGAGAGGUGGCCAAGAGCAAUGCAUGUGUUCACCCUUCUAUGAAAUAUUUCUCCACUGCUCUGCUGCCUGCCUGUGGUUCCUGAUGUGAAAAAGCUCUGUGGGAGGCUGGCUACUGAGGGCAGGAGAAUGGUAGCCUCAUUUAUUUCAUUUGAUCAUAGAAUUGUGAAGUUGGAAGGUACCACGAGGGUCAUCUAGUCCAACCCCCUGCAAUACAGGAAUCUUUUUAUCCAACGUGGGGCUCGAACCGACAAUCCUAUGAUUAAGAGUCUUAUGCUCUAGAGCGCUAAAAUCGAGAUGUGGAAAUAUGGAAAUAACGGCGAGAGGCAGGAUUGAGAUUUGGAGAUACAGUGGUACCUCGGGUUAACUACUUAAUUCGUUCCGGAGGUCCGUACAUAACCUGAAACUGUUCUUAACCUGAAGCACCACUUUAGCUAAUGGGGCCUCCUGCUGCUGCCGCACCAUCGGAGCACAAUUUCUGUUCUCAUCCUGAAGCAAAGUUCUUAACCUGAAGCACUAUUUCUGGGUUAGCGGAGUAUGUAACCUGAAACAUAUGUAACCUGAAGCAUUUGUAACCUGAGGUACCACUGUAUGCUUCAAGGUCCAGACUAUGGGAAGUCCCCAAAUUUAAUAAUUAUAACUUGUAAGAUAAUUUGAUCUUCUAAAUUUUUUAUUGGAUUAUGAUUUGAUAUGUUAAUUGGAUGUUUUUUAUUGGAAAAUUAAUAAAAAUGAUUUAACAAAAAAAGAGUCUUAUGCUCUGCUGACUGAACUAUCCCACAGGAAACUCCUCGUUUUUCCUUUUUAAAAAAAAUUCUGCACAGAUUUGUUGAAAUGUAAAAAAAAGGAACACAUUCGCUUAAAUGUUGUUUGAGGCAUGCUGGGUACAGUGGCUGAGUAAGCCGCUUGGGCACCUGGGAGGGUGCCCAGGGGCGGGGCGAGCUGCCCAUAGGGACAGGGUGCACUGUGGGGCCUCUGGAGUCUGCCUGCCUCCUCCCAAUCAGCCGCCCCACAGCUGGGGGGGAGGCAGCGGGUGGACUGUUUGGGCAGCGUGGAGAGAUGCGUGGCUCAGGCGCGCUGCAUUUUGUCACCCCCAGAAUUUUGUCACCCCCCCCUCAGUGGUAACACCCAGGUCAGCCUGCACCCACCGCACCCCCCUUUCUCCACCCCUGGCUGGGUAGCACUGAUAGGGUAGACCAGCUGAGGAUGUCACAUGUUUUUCCAGAGGCACAGUCAUCUAGGGUGGUUGUGGAAUACAGAUCGCUGGGGAUUUGCAAAAUGCAAGAAAAGACACUCAGAAAUGCUCCUUGGCAAUGCCAAAAUUAAGGUGAAAGGCGAAAGAAACUCUGCAUCCCACCCAUGAGAAUUUCAUUAUUUCACUGCUGCUGACAAGGGAUUGGAAAGGUACAGGAGAAAUUCCAUUUUUAACAGAUGCUGUGGGUUAAACCACAGAGCCUAGGACUUGCCAAUCAAUCAGAAGGUCGGUGGUUCAAAUCCCCACAAUGGGGUGAGCUCCCGUUGCUCGGUCCCUGCUCCUGCCAACCUAGCAGUUCGAAAGCAUGUCAAAGUCCAAGUAGAUAAAUAGGUACUGCUCCGGUGGAAAGGUAAACGGCGUUUCUGUGCGCUGCGCUGAUUCACCAGAAGCAGCUUAGUCAUGCUGGCCACAUGACCCGGAAGCUGUACGCCGGCUCCCUCAGCCAAUAAAGCAAGAUGAGCACCGCAACCCCAGAGUCAGCCACGACUGGACCUAAUGGUCAGGGGUCCCUUUACCUUUACCUUUAUGCCGAACCUUCCCAUCCCCAUUCUCUUAGCCAGCUGCAAUCUCACUGGCUCACCAGCACCUACUGAUCUUCAUCGCUGAAACCCACUCUGAGAAGAAGGUGCGCAAUAAUAAAAUGAACCUUCCUUGUGGCCCAAAUGUGGCCCUCUGCAGUCUCUAGCUGCACAUGCCCAGAGGCAUGUGUGAUGAGGCUAAGUGAGGCUUGCAAUGGAGCCUGGGAUGCAAAUGUUCUUGCAAAACAGGACUGGCAUGAUUUUUCUAGGAUCCAAAAUCCUAGAUGUGCUGAAGGAGCAAAGAAAAGCACUAAAGCAAGAACAGACAACAGAUCCUAUGGUCAGCAACGUACACAAGAGCUGGAAAGUGUGUGCUCCUUCAGCAUCUUAAGACUUGGGAUUGGCUAGUUUUCUGUAUAUCCAGUUAAAUAUCUUUUACCACCAGGAGCUGCAGUUUUACACCCCUCAGUGGGUUUUGCUUUACGCUUACAGUGUGCAUGAAUGAGCAUGGGUGGGGCUUGUACCCAGGAAGGGGUGAGCUUCAAGGAUCUGGUGACAGAUGUAGGUAGAAAAUGAAGGAAUAUCUGAGGAAAGCAGAUAGGUGUGUGGAUCCUGGUUUGAUAGCUAAAGUAUUGACCCUAAAGGCAGAAAAUGGGCAACUCCUUCACUCUCUAGCCUGUUCUGUUCUGUUCUAACAACUUAAUCAGAGCUGACCUAUUUGUAAAAUUCACUAGAGUUUAGCGGAUUUCUUGUGCAUUUGCAGGAGGCAAAGAAAGUUGAAUCAACUACACUCUGCUUUUGAGCCUGGGUACAUCUUGCUAUCUUAGCACAUGAAAACAUUUGGAGGCAAUAAAGACAUGGAAUUCUCUUCCUUCCCCCCAAUGUCAUCUUUAAAAGGUCCUUUAUAAAAUUCUAAGGGUUACACACACGCACAAACCUCAGGUGCACACUGCUGGUUGGCUUAAUUCUUUGGCGAGCUGUGUCUUAACCACCUGAAUUCCUGUAGAGCAAAGUCAGAUUCCUUCCUAUUAAGAGUGAUGCCAUUCCCAAGGUAGCAAUUUGUGACCAAUUAGACUGGCUAAUGCGAGGCGCAAGCAAUACAAGCACUGGGUAUCUUUGUAGAUGGUUAAAAAGACUUGUGCUAUCAAGUCUCUGCCUCCUACCUCGUUUUCCUUUUAGGCUCGAUGGAUUGAGAAUCUUUUGUUCAAAAUCUUUCCUUUCUUAGGUGAAGGGAUUUGUCUAGAUGGAAGAAUUUCAGUCUUGCGGGGGAGACUACUUGAUCUGCAGUGCUUGAAAUCUCAGAGAGUUUCCCCUAAACCCUCUCUAGCAGACCCCUAAACCCAAGCCAAUGCCUUCUAGAUGUUGUAGGAUUUCAACUCCUAUUAUUGCCAGUCAGCUUGGCUAAUAGUCAGGGGUGAUGUGUUGAGGGGCUGUAGUCCAGCAACAUUUGGAAGGUGCUUGGUUCAGAAAGCUGGUACGCAGAGCUGCUACUGCUUCUGGCAAGGCUCUGACUUUUCCUUAAAUCGACUUCUAAACUGGAAAGUUAUCCAGUGUUUUUGCCCUUGCCUUACCUCGUCUUGAUGAUGAAAAAUGCCACGUCUCACCAUACUUUGCAUUUAAGAGUAAGUCCAGCACACUAUGGCUGGGUGAUAUCUGGUUUUCAACAUCGUGGUAUAUCACCAGCUAAACAUCAUGAUAUACUGAUAUAUCACAAUGUCUAAAAUAAAGAUGCAGCUAUGGGCUGGCCUCAUGGUCCCCCCCCCCCCACAUUGUGAUUUUUGCAUAGCGCACACACACACACAGAGAGAGAUUCGCAAUAUAUAGCCAGGUCAAAAAUGAUGAAAUUGACAUUACAAUGUGGACUUCAAACCAGUUUUGGACGAUAUAUAUUGAUAUAUUGCCCAGUCCUAGUGAACACUCGACAAGAAAAAGCAGGAGUUGGAAAUCUGUAGGUUUGCAAAACUACUAAAUACAUACAUAAGCAAAAGUAUCCCUAAUUCAGGAUGAGAGAAGGAGAACUUCAUGAGGACCAUGUGUGCUCAGUAGGCACCAAAAUGUGAUUGGCUGUUUCAGGGUAGGGGAAUGUAAAACCAGGAUGGAGGGAGAAUGGAACGGUAUGCCCUGGAAAGGGCAUGGCUGGCUGGCUGGCUGGAACUGUGAGCUGGAGCAUUCUUGCCACAUCUUGCUUGCUUAGUCUGAACAAUGUUGAUAGAUUGACCCCUUAAGACCGAGGUUUAGGGGCAAGCUGCCCUGUGCAGUUCCUCUUUAAUGCUUCCACUGCAGCCAUGCUGUCCACCCUUUUAGAUAAAGGGGAGAUGGAAGGAACAGGAAGACACUCAAAAGUACAGAGAAGAGGAAGUGAUGUAAAAGAUUCAGGUCUGCAUCAAGAAUACAAGAAAAUUGUAGAAGAAGUUUGUGAAAAGAAGGGUCACUUGCCAUGUGAGGCCAGGAAUGAAAAAUAGAACAAUGAUUUAGGGAUUUAGGGUAGUGCAGGCAUGCCACCUCUUUAUCAAUUAAUGCCUUGAGAUGGAUUGCAAUGGACUGUAUGUAAAUGCUUGUAUAAUGAUAAUAAAUACUCUCCCCCACUGCCCCCUUUAUUUUAGAGUGACAUUCCCUUUGUGAGUAUAUUAGAAGGUUUGAUGACUUGAAUGGUAGAUGAUCCCAAGGCCAUGACCAGUAACACGUCCAGGUGAGAAGUUGAUUGUGCCACAAUCCAUUUGAGCGUCGAAAGUGCCUUGUACGUGCUACUACAAUCUAUUCCCUUUCAUCAUUUUUGAUGUUGUUUGCUAGUCCCCAAGGACUAAUAAAAACCCACAUUUGCAUAAUGUGUUCUUCAUGAUCAAUGCAGCCGUAGAAUUUGAAGUGGCAUGUUGGUUUGGUAUUAAAAUUCUGUACAAGUGUGCACAGCCCUGUUGAAAAGUUUGCAGGGGUGAUUUUUGGAUUUCUUGCCCGUGUGAAUGUUGGCCAUGGAAGCACUAGGCCAAUGUGAUUCCUCUUUCAAGGAAGCUACAAGAAUGGAUUCGGGUGGCGCUGUGGUCUAAACCACUAAGCCUCUAGGGCUUGCCGAUCAGAAGUUCAGUGGUUCGAAUCCCCGCAACGUGGUGAGCUCCUUGGUCCCAGCUCCUGCCACCCAGCAGUUUGAAAGCAUGCCAAAAAGUGCAAGUAGAUAAAUAGGUACUGCUCCGGCAGGAAGGUAAACGGCAUUUCCAUGCGCUGCUCUGGUUUCGGUGUUCUGUUGUGCCAGAAGCGGCUUAGUCAUGCUGGCCACAUGACCCAGAAAAACUGUCUGUGAACAAACACCGGCUCCCUCAGCCUGUAAAACUAGAUGUAAAACUGUGACUGGACUCAACUGUAGGGUCCUUUACCUUUACCUUUACCUUUUACAAGAAUGGCAGAGAAAAGGGAGCUGGAAAAGAACAUCUUGCUCUCUUGGCAAAAGGUGUUAAUAGAAAUUUUUGUACUACUAGCAUUUAGUACUUCCACCAGCCCCAGUAAGCAUGGCCAAUAGGCAGGAAUGAUAGGGGUGGUAGACUUUAGACAUCUCAGGGGCAUUAGCUACUAGUUCUAUAAGAGUAUAAAAGAGUAUAGCAAGAGUUUUGUUGGGUUGGGUGGUUCCACCUAAUCAGGCAUCCUGGUUUGCAUAAUGGUAGACCUGACAUCUUUGUUCCUCGCUGAUGGGCUUCCUUGGGACAAUAGCCCUCUCAUGCUAUUGUUCCCCAGCAUCUAGAAAUCAUAGACUGAGUCGGAAGGGACCUUGGAGGUCAUUAGCCCCAACCCUUUGGUCGGUGCAAGAUCUCCAAUGCAGGAUGCAGCUAAGCCACCCAGAGAGAUAACUGAGCCCCACAACUUUCCAGGGCAGAGUGUUUGACUGUACUUACCAUGAGAAAGUUUCUCUUAGCGUUCUGUCAAGAUCUGCUUCCUUGCAAUUUCCACCCACCGGUUCUAGUCCUUCCCUCUGGAGCAGCGGAGAACAAGUCUGCUCCAUCUUCUCUUUGAAGGCUGCUCUCAUCAUGUCUCCCAUUAAUCUUCUCUUCCCCAGGCUAAACAUAUCCAGCUCUUUCAACCAUCCCUCCUAGGACUUGGCAUUCAUAGGCAUACAGUGCCUCUGAAGACAGAAGAGCCAUGUAUCCAUCAUAAUUAAUAGCUAUUGAUAGAGCUAUCUGCCAUGAAUCUGCCUAAUUGGCUUUUUAUAUUUGACUAUGUUCUUGCAAUGAAGGUGGCUGCGUGGUUUUGAACUCAAGCAAAACAUACAGUAUUUGGAAAGGGCUCGGAAGAUGGAACUCAUCUCAUGGUUUACUGCUAUUAGUAGUAUUUCAUUUAAUUUUUAUAAGGUGUCCAGCCUGCCCAUCAUCAUAUGGCAGGCCACCAUAGAACAAAACAGUAAAAAGAAAGAAAAAAAAGAUUCACAUACGGUUAAAAGAGAAAAAUAAAAAUGGGCAGUAGCCAACUAACUGGUUCUGUUGGUGUGAGGAUUUCUGCUUGCACAAUAGGUUUUUCUCCCUUUUCUUCCCUCUAAAUUUGUUCUGGGUCCCUCCCUCCCCAACCCUCUGGAGCAGAUUUGAGGAGAAAAGAAGGUGAGUCAGGUAAGUUCCAUCACACAAGCAGAAAUCCUUGCCUUGAUGGAACAAGUUGGAUGUCACCCUAUAUAGCUGGAAAAUAAACAGCAGCAAGAAUACUUAUUGGAAAGUAUUGGAAGACACAAGAUUUACCCACUCUGGAAGAAUGGCAGAUGAAGGUGAUGGACUACAUGGAACUGGCGGAAAUGACUGGCAGAAUCCGAGACCAGGGAGAAGAGUCGGUGGAAGAAGAUUGGAAGAAAUUUAAAGACUAUUUACAGAAAUACUGCAAAAUUAAUGAAUGUUAGAAUGAUGUCAGAAUGAAGUUAAGUGGUUUUAGUAGCAAUGUUAUAAAGGUGUAUGUAAAAAUGGAUUGUUAACAGUUGAGAAUCUAAAGCUAUAAUAUAUUAAGUUAAAGGAUUAAGAUAAAAAUAAAGAGGGAAAGGAAUUGCUGAAUUAAUCAAUUGAACUGGAAUACAAAAAGGGAGGCGAGAGGAGGUCAGGGAAACAACUAAAUGAAAUGUAAGGUAUGGAAAGAUUGAUUUGUUUUUUAAGUUUCUUUUAUUUUUUAUGUAUUUUGUAUUUUCUCUUUUUUAUUUUUAUUUUUUUAUAUAUAUGUAACCUUUUUUUGGGAAACCUUAAUAAAUAUCAUAUAUAUAUAUAUAUAUAUAUAUAUAUAUAUAUAUAUAUAGCUGGAAAAUAAGGGAAGCCACAGCAUGGGUCCACACUAGGGCUGGGCAAAACUGGUUUUCAACAGCGUGAUAUAUCACCAGCUAAACAUUGUGAUAUAUAACAAUGCCUGAAAUAAGGAUGGAGCUAUGUAGAGGCAUUGGCUGGCUUCACGGUUUUCCCCUACAUUGCAAUUUUUGCAUAGAACCACCCACUCACAUCAUGAUUCAUGAUAUAAUGCCGGGUCAGAAACUAUGAAACUGAUAUCACGAAAUGGACUGCAAACUGGUUUGGGACGUUGUAUCACCCAGUCCUAUUCCACUCUUUGCAGCAGCAACAGUAGUGCAAAGAACUUGCAAACACCAGCACAUAAAGCACCAGUACUGUAUUUCACCACACAAUAGUCACAUUUUUAAACCCGAUUUUUGUUUUCAAAAAAGGGGGGGGGGUGCGACUAUUGUGCAGUGAAAAACCUGAGGCGCGACCAAUAUGUGAGGAAACAAUUUUUAUAAAUGAACAUACUUAUGUUAAUGUUGAUGCUUUUGAACUAUGGUGCUGGAGGAGACUCUUGAGAGUCCCAUGGACUGCAAGAAGAUCAAACGCAUCCAUUCUUAAGGAAAUUAGCCCUGAGUGCUCACUGGAAGGACAGAUCCUGAAGCUGAGGCUCCAAUACUUUGGCCACCUCAUGAGAAGAGAAGACUCCCUGGAAAAGACCCUGAUGUUGGGAAAGAUGGAGGGCACAAGGAGAAGAGGAUGACAGAGGACGAGAUGGUUGGACAGUGGUCUCGAAGCUACCAGCAUGAGUUUGACCAAACUGCGGGAGGCAGUGGAAGACAGGAGUGCCUGGCGUGCUCUGGUCCAUGGGGCCACGAAGAGUCGGACACGACUAAACGACUAAACAACAACAAUGUUAAUGUUGCUUCUUAUUUGUUACUGACUGUUUUCGGUGCAAUCCAAGUCUCUCGUGCCUCUCUCAUGGCAGUUUCAUCCACCAGCCCACUCCCUUUGCACCUUUGGCUGGUACUGAGAACGCGCGCUGAGAAUGCCCUGUGACUAUUAUACAAUGAAUGCUUUGAGACCAAUUUUAGCCCCCAUCUCCCCCAAAGGGUGCAACUAUUAUGUGGUAAAAUACAGUAUGUUGAACUGGACCGUUGGUUCAUCUAGUUCAAUAUUGUCAACACUGACUGGCAGCUGCUCUCCGGGCCUUCAGCUGGGUCUACAUUCCCAGCCCUGCCUGCAGAUGCCAAGGGUUGAAUAUGGAACCUUUGCAUGCAAAACUACAGUCAAGGUGCCUUCUCUUUGAAUCACUACACUUUUUAAACAAGAACUGCAGAAGCCUAUUUCUAGGAAUUACUUGGUAUGUUUAUCAGUGAGAAGAAGAUAUAAAGGAUUUAUUUGUGUCCUCCUGCUCUCUUCUUGCCCCCUGCUUCCCCCCCAACAUUUUUAACAUACCCUAAUCCACCUUUCUUGGGUUUUCUUCCGCCUCACAUAAUAGUCUAUCAGGCUCUUGUUUUGUGAAAAAUGUGACAGUGUGUUGUUGGCAGUUUACAAAGCUGCAGCCUUCGGCAAUUGUUAAUGAGGCAAGGUUCCCCCCCCCCCCGCCCCGUCCAGGACGCAAUGAGAUUUUUUAGACAGAUGAAUGCUAGGCGAAGCCUGUCUACCAAAGGCAAUGUUUACUGCAUGUAAUACAUAUCAUUGUUUGUGUCUCCUGUAGUGAAAAAUACUUGUGUCGUGCUGUUAAAAUGUACUCCUGACAGAACAGUUCUUGCUGUGCUAGGGUCUACUGCUUUAAAAAAAGGGGGGGAAAUGAUAUACUGUCAGAAAAUACAAUUUAAGAAAAUUUAACACCAAGGGUAGUCAACCAUGUAGGCUACUAUUAAGGGGCCAAAAACUCAAGGCCGUAGUUUUUAUUGAAAAGGAUAGUGUGUGUACAUUUGCUGCUAGCUAGUGGGAGGGAGGCUUUUUUUAAAAAAAAAAUACAUAGAGAGAGAAAGAGAAAGGUUCUGAGGGACUCGCAACUUUCACCUGUAAGAAAUGAGGGGGAAACAGGAAUUCAGCCAGGAUUUAUUGCAGAAAUCUUUCAUGGAAAUGUGCAGGAUUUCUUUUUAAAAUGGCUGUGGUUCAGAGGUUUUGGAUCGUUUGCUUUCAUAAAUUGGUAUUACUGAAUGCCAGGCGUGUGGGCCAUGUAUAGCUUCGAUUCGGAUGGGGAGGUGGAAUUGGGAACAAAACCGCAGAGUCUGCUCUUGUAACAUUCCAGGUCCCGUGUUUCUGUUGUGCCAUUGGAAACUUCUGCAUUCACACGCCAGUUUGUUCCAUUUCCCUAUCAACGUCCGCAUUGUGUUUGAGCUUUCACGCAAAUUAAAUGCCAGUUCUGGAAUGCUAGUGGAAGUUCGGCUCUCCUUUCAGUGUUAAUUGCAUGCAGGGGGGUGUCCAUUUUUUGAAGCUUAUUGCGACAGUGCGACAUGCCGGCAUAUUGGUCGUAGUAUCAUAGAACCGUAAUAAUAAUAAUAAUAAUUAAUACUAAAAUUUUAUUUAUAUCCCACCCUCCCCAGCCGAAGCCGUGCUCAGAGCGGCUAACAACAAUAAAAGUAACACAGCAUUCUAAAAUCAAUUCAUUUAAAAAUCAGUUCAGUAGUGUUGGAAGGGACCUCGAGAGUAAUCUAGUCCAACCCCAUGUAAUGCAGGAAGCACAACUAAAGAAUCCCUGGCAGAUGGCUACAGAAUAACAGAAAAUAUAUUGGUCCUAUGGGACCAGAAAUGCACAACAAAUGGAACUACAGCUUUUGGUGAGAACCAACCAGAAAAGAAUCACUGGCAGGGGAAGGAGAGGGAGAACUCUUGAUUCUUGAACUUAGGCUGGGCUGCAAUGGAAAAUGCCUGCAGCAGAUCCUAGCAGUUGUGGUGGAAAUGGGGUGCGGGUUGUGUGGUCCGCCGCAGGUGUCAUCACUGAGGGAGGGGUGACAAAAUGACAAAAAUACAGUGGUACAUCUGGUUGCGAAUGGGAUCCGUUCUGGAGGCCCGUUGGCAACCUGAAAGGAACACAAUCCGCGUCUGCGCGUGCGCGCGUUGCAAUUCGCCGCUUCUGUGCAUGUGCGCAAUGUAAUUUUGUGCGCAUGCCCGAGCGGCGAAACCCAGAAGUAACCCUUUCCGGUACUUCUGGGUCACCGUGGAAUGCAACCUGAAAAUGCUCAACCUGAAGCAAAUGUAACACGAGGUACGACUGUAUUAGUUUUUUUAAAAACGGGCUCACGAAACUUUUUAGUUCAGUCAACAAAUGUAACAAAACGCGGCUAGCACUGGGCGCCACACCGCAGGGGCCUACAGUGUGCCUGAGCCACGUGCCUCUCCUGGGAGUGACGUGGUGGCUUGGGCACCUUCAGGCUCUGUGCUGCCUGAAACGGCAGUGUGGGGAUUGCGCCUGCCCACUGCCUCUCCCUCAAUGCCCUUACGGCUGCAGGAUGUGCGUGCCGCACCAGGCACCUGAGCGGCUAGCUACGCUGGAUCCUAGUGGGGAUCACUGGCAGCAACAAUCAGCUGAUCAGUGCUGACUUCAACCCCUGCUUUUGUCAUAGACCAGCCUUUCUUGGAAGCUCCAGUUAUGAACUCCCAAGUGGAGCUGACCCCAUUUAGAGCUUGCAUUUGGUGCCAGAUUUAAAGGGCAUUGUUGAAUGAUGGGGAAACACUUCAAGGCUCCUGACCAUUCUUUUGCAGGUACAUAUUUAGGUGUCCCACACCAGAUGUUGUGUAUGAUGUCAGGUAUGGGGCAGGUGGGCAUGGUUUGGAGGGAAUUGUGUUGCAGGGCAAAUGAGGAUCCCUGUCGCGUUUAAUUCAGCUUGAGGAUCAGAAAUUCCUCCCUGCUGAUGUAAAACAAUCUUCUUCUGGGUGGCAAAACCUGAGGAAGAGUUUUGGUCGUCUCAAUCCCACCUCCCAAAAUUUAGAUCAAUGUGAUGUGCAUAUAUCAUGCGCUCUUGUGUCCUGUGUUUGAAUGGCCAUUGGUAAACAGGGAUAUGUACCAAUUUCAUAGCACUGUUUAUAGCUCCAAUAGACCUUUUCUACAUGCUACAACCUUGGGCUUCAGUGUGUAUGGGAAUGUAGAAGUGUUUUGAGGGCUGGUUUAUAAAUAAUGUGCCUGCCAUGUUUUCCAUCCACUCGGUAGAUCUGCUGAAGCAGACUGCUGGCUCUGAAAACUUGUGCUGUAAUAAACCACUUAGUCUUUAAGGCGUCCCGAUGCUCUUUGUCCUUGCGACCCUAUCAAAAGGGUGCUGCUCCAUAUCCUUCUGACAAUCCGUAUUAAAGUAAUGGAGGUUGCCUCUUGACACGGCAAGUGCUGGCUACUCGAGCUUUCUCCCGGCACAUGAGCAAUGUAAUACAAGCGGCAUUUCUGACCCGCGGCCGAUGCACGUCAAGGGAAAUGCACUGCUGGUAAUCAUGUUGCACUUCCCCUGAACUGCGCAAGUUGGAUUAUAUUGCCGACGCACAUGAGAGCAAACUUGUGUGAACAACUCCUCUGCAUUUUGGCAUGUUAGGUGGGAACCCGUGUUCACGCAGGGUUGCUGGCAGACUUGGGAAGGCAAGCCAAUAAGAUUUGUUUAUUUGCAAAGCGUUGGUAUUUGCCGUUUCCCCCUGCUAGAUUGGCCUGUGCAAGAAUACCUUCAUUUGCCUUCAUUGUUGUCUCUUAAAUGGCAGGCUGUCAAUUCUGCAACACCUUCAAGCCACUGCAUGACUGUGUGGCUUCCUUUUCCAAAUAUUCAGAAUUGGUUAUUUUACUUUUGGCUUGAAGGUUUAUACAUUUAAGUUUUCCCAGUAGUUAAAGAGGGGGAAGAAAAUCCUUUAGUUCCCAUUUUAAUGCUGACCUACCUAAUUCACACUUCCUAAAACAAAUCAACCAAACAUCAAUCAACUAAAACAUCAACCAAAACUCAGAUAACAUUGGAAAAGGAUGCUUCUCUGAAUGUCUUGAUACAGUUUUCCACCACACCCACCCAAAAUAUCGUGUGCAGACAAGUUCAUAUUAAGGAAAAGUGCACACACAAAUAUUAGACCGAGUGAAAAUGAAGGACAGAAAUGGCAUUGUAUUAGGGGAGAUUGUUUGUGAAAAUGCAGACAUUGGGUAUAACUACAAAAAUGCUUAUCUGGACUUUUUUUAAAAAAAGAAAUAAAAAUAAAAAUUUGCAAAUGGGGAUAGAAAUGGGAAGAUGGGGAAGAAAGAGAAAUUGAGAGAAUCUGAGGCUGACAUAUGCAUCCAUCCCUACCAGAGGAUAUUUUAAUCAGUUGUCUAAUUUCUCAAUAAAAUUACUUGAUAAUUGCUCAAAACUGGGUCCCCUCCUUUGUUUUGUUUGCUUACCUUUGAAAACUACUUGGGUUGCCCCCCCGCCCCCGGUUUGGAUAAGUGGAUAGAGGGGUGACUUUUUCUACAGGCUUAAUUUAUCCCAUUUCCUUAACUUUGUGGAUAUGUAAAGGACCUUUCUCCCCAAGUCAAACUGUCUAGCAACCCACCUGUUUCUUCUUCCAUUUUGCCCCAUUUGCCCCCUACAGCAACAGUUGGGAACCUUUGGCUUGCAGGCCUAAUUAGGCCUACCCAUUUGGCCCACAAUGUGAUUUGGCCCCAAACCAUGCCCUCCUGCCUGUCAUGCAACAUAAUAAUGAUGUCAGGCAUGGAACAGGUAAACCCGUGGGCUCUGGUUGAAAAGGAAGGAGCUCUGUAUUUAUUUUCAGGCAUUCCUACAAUUGAAAUAUUGAAGUAGCCUGUGGUGGGUUUUAGGCAAAAUGGCAUAGCGAUGAGGACUAUGGAUUUUUCAAGGAUUUGAGCAGAGACACUAGCAAAAGCAAUAUUCCUUCAACAUUUGUUCCAAGCAGAGCCCUGAUGUACCCACCCCUGUGAGUGUCCUCUCUCCCUGCCUCAAAUGUCCCAGGGUAAGGGGAUGGGCAGCAGUGAGUGCUCCAAAGGCCUUUUGUCAAGCUUGAUCCCCUGCUGAAAACUAACAUUUUUGUUGUUUCUGCCAGGGCUAAUGGGACUGGGAGUCUCUGUUCCAUUUCCACCUGAGGAAUGAAUUCUACUUGGGCCUCUGUGUGGAGCCAGUGUGGUGUAUUGGUUAGGAGCGGUAGACUCCUAAUCUGGGGAACCAGGUUCGCAUCUCCGCUCCUCCACAUGCAGCUGCUGGGUGACCUUGGGCCAGUCACACUUCUUGAAGUCUCUCAGCCCCACUCACCUCACAGAGUGUUUGUUGUGGGGGAGGAAGGGAAAGGAGAACGUUAGCCUCUUUGAGACUCCUUCGAGUAGUGAUAAAGCGGGAUAUCAAAUCCAAACUCUUCUUCUCUGAUGGAAGAUGGAAGGGAAAUGGGACAAAUCCUGGAGAUCUGCUGCCAGUCAGGGUAAUAAUAAUAAUAAUAAUAAUAAUAAUAAUAAUAAUAAUAAUUUAUUUAUAUCCCACCCAUCUGCCUGGGUUUCCCCAGCCACUCUGAGCAGCUCCCAAUAGAAUAUUAAAAACAUGAUAAAACAUCAAAGAUUAAAAACUUCCCUAAACAGGGCUGCCUUCAGAUGUUUUCUAAAAGUCAGGUAGUUGUUUAUUUCCUGGGCAUCUGAUGGGAGGGCGUUCCACAGGGCGGGCGCCGCUACCAAGAAGGCCCUCUGUCUGCACUCAGUACUGAGCUAGAUGGACCAGUAGACUAAGUAUAAGGUAACUUCCUGUUUGGGGCAAGGGAGAGAAGGGUCAUAGUUCCGUAGCAGAACAUCUGUUUGCAUGCAGAAGGUCUCAGGUUCAAUCCUAGGCAUCUCCAAAUAGAAUUGAGAAUGUUCCUGGCUGAGCUGCCGCCAGUCAGUUUAGAUAAAGCAGAGCUUGAUGGACCCAAUUGUCUUGAUUGAGAACAAAGCUGCUUCUUCCUGUGUUCCUAUGAGGUAGCAAAGCCUGGUGCUUUCUGAGCUCUUGAACCAAGUGCUUGCAGGAGCAUUUGGUGCGGGUGCUGGGAUGCUCCUGCCUUCCUAAAAUGGAUAAAGUUGUUGGAGCAAAAAAAAUGGAUAGCCAUGUGCCUAACCUUCUUUUCAGUAAGCUGGGAAGUGCUGAAGUCUGUAGAAAAAUGUACAGCGAGGCGCCCGUGUGCUGGUCCUCCUGAAGGCGACAUGCUUUUCAAGCCUGAAGCAUUUGCUCCAUUGCAAUUGGCUUGAGCACUUUGGAGCAUCAUGGGUUUGAAUGGUAGUUGAUUGUCUGCCCCCUGAUUAGAGCCUCUUGAGUGUCAAUUAAAGCCUAGUGUGAGCGGAUUCUGCAUCUCUCUUCUCCCUUUAUGUGUCUGCCUAUGAUGAACGUGACUCUCCUUUUCAUCUCCAAAAUCAGACCCAAUCUAGGCACUAAAAUUAACUGUGCUUUUAAUAAGAGCCAAAUUUUAAGGGUGGGGUGGGGAGGGGGAGGCAAACUUGGUAGGUUUCUCUUCCAUCCAUCUCUUCCUCCCCCCUACCCCACCCACCCCAAAACAUCUCAAAUCUUGGGAAAUAAUUAGGACUGCAUCUGUGAAGUGCUCUCAGAUAAAUGGUUGAUCUCUCCCCAUUUUGGCAAGGAAGUUUGUGCGAAUUGUUCUUCUGUAAUGCUUUGAGAAGGGGACACAUCGUCAUCCUAAACUGGGCGGGGACACAAGCUGUAGGCUUAACAAGCAAGAACUUUCAACAGACAGGAAAGUCUCUCCAAGUGAGAAGGCUGCGUAUUUUUCUCUGCCUGAGUUCAUAUUGUAUUUGCAAACUAAAAUGGGCUGGCAAAAUUUUGUGUCAGCUAGUAAGCUAUGUAGAUUUGUAUAUAUAUAAAAAACCUCUAAAUGUCAUGUGACCCUUCAGCCCUAUGGAUCACCACUAAUUGUCAAGAAUGCUGAGUGUUUUAGUCCCAACAAACAAAACUGGUGUAAAAGAAUGGAGCUGAGGGUCAGGAUCAGAACUUCAAAACUCUUCUUCUAUUUGUCUGCAUUGUCUUAUCAAGUGGGGGGGGGACUUGACCAGUUUCCCUGCUUUUCUUUCCAGAUUUCAGAUCUAAUCAGUUUUAGCCAGGUUUUGAUGCAUAUAAAACUAGCUGACUAGCCUAACACAAGCAAAAUGGACAGGGGACGCCACUCUUACCUAUAAGGUUGUAGCCUGCAGGAAGUCAACUGGGGGCAAACCUAUGAUGAUUUUCAUAUUGCCAUUAUGUAGCGUUGUCAACCAAACUAGGUUUGACUAUAGCCCAAAAUUAUCUGUUUCCUUUUUCUUUUAUUUUGUUCACACUUGGAAACUAUAGUUCUGUGAGUAGGAAGGGCUAGGGAUCUCCAAAAGGGAAUCAUUAAUACCCUGCUCAGCACAUAGAUUAUUUUGGGGAAACCAUGGUAGUUCUAUUGGUUUAUAUUAGUUUUAAGUUUGCGGUAUUGGGAAUGUCUGAUAGAGACUCUCCUCCUGCAAGAGAGGGGAGUGGUUGUGGUCGGAAGCCGGACUCCGCCUCAAGCAGGGGGCGUUAGCCCCCUGCCUCCCACUCACCUGGCUGGCGCCCACACCCACGGGCAGGCACCCAACCAGGUGCCUGCGAGGGGGCGUGUUUAGCAGCCUAAAUUGCUGCGGCACCAGCCUUCCGGCCUCACUUUUCAUCGUCCCGUCACGAGUCACCCACCCUCCACUCCCUUAGAGCUCAGGGUCUCAGUUUUCUUUUGGCCUUGCUAUGGACCUUAGGCUGGUCGCCCUGGUUGUCCGGGGGGUCUGGUAGGAAUUUUUCCAUUUGGCAUUAGGCUUUUUGGUUUUUUCGCCUACCUCGUAGCAAUCGUCACAACUUUCGUGGUAUUGGUGGGUAGGUUAGGCAUUGGAAUAAUGUGUUGUGGUGUGUGGAAGGGAUAGGUGUGGCCAUCGCCUGCGCCUUCAAUUUUGGGUAUUCCGUUAAAGGAAUCCGGCGGUCGUGUAUUCUGUCCGAUGCCUGCGUGGCGGGAGGCCAUGGCACGACCCUCGGUGACAUCAGGGGAGAGCUUAUAGUUGGAUUAGCAUCAACAGGCUCCACCUACUGGUGAAUAAACCCCCUGUUUUAGACUCACCCCUCUCUGAGGGGGUGGAGUCAGCUGACGUAAUCCAAUGCCUAAGCCAAUACCUUUUCACUUGCUGUAAUCAAUAAAGUUGUGGCCUUUUCUUGCCCAUUAACUUUAUAUCAUGUGUCCUUGUGUUUUCAUUCCACUAUGCGGGGAUCUGGUCCUCGAACCACAAUUGCUGAUACCCAAACAUGAUGUGUCUACAUUAUUCAUUUUCAGGGUCUUAGCAUGCCUUACUUCGUUUCAUUUUACCUGCAGAGGUACAAUGAUUUUGCAAUGGUUUCACACAGUGGCGUAGCAUGGGGGGGCACAGGGGCAGUUGCUAGGGGGCGCAAAAUUUCAGCAUCCAAUGCUGCCUCAACACUUUGUGCUUCCACUGAAAACAGCUUCUCCAUGUAAACCAGGAAGUGAUCUCUCCUUAGCCGGGAAUAGGCAAUGUUUAGAUCAGGCAUCCCCAACCUUCGGCCCUCCAGAUGUUUUGGACUACAAUUCCCAUCAUCCCUGACCACUGGUCCUGUUAGCAAAGGAUCAUGGGAGUUGUAAGACAAAACAUCUGGAGGCCCGCAGGUUGGGAAUGCCUGCUUUAGAUGUUGCUAGACUACAGUUCCCAUCAGCGACCUCAAGCUAAGGGCCCUGUACCUUCCAGAUUACAACUGUAAUGCUACAACAAUUUCAGUAUUAUUUCUGUCAUUGAUGGUUAGGGGUAUGGAAAACAAGGCCUAUGAGGAAACAUUGAAGGAAUUGGGGGUAAUUAUCCUGGAGAAAAGAUCAGGGUGGAGUGAAAAUAAUAGAACCAUUCCAAACACCUGAAAGACUGCCGUUUAGAAGAGGACAAGGGUUUGUUCUCUGCUGUCCCAGAAAUAGGGCAAGACCUAACAGGCUUAAGUUAUAGAAAGAAGUUCUAAAAUGGAAUCAUUUUAUCUAGAGGGUGAUGAAUCCUUCAAACAGAGAUUGAAGGAUGCUAUGACUCUAGAUAUCAGGCAUCUAGUUGGAGACUGGUCAAAUUACCCUUCCAACUCUUGAGUUUUUAUUAUACUUUUCUGGGAUUGUAAUUGGUUUUGCAGGCUGCCUGGAAGGCUUUAGGCUGUCUGCACACUAUACCUUUAAAGCAAAAUCAAAGCACAUUUCCCCCCUCAAAGAAUUCUGGGCCCCGUAGAUUACCCCCCACAGAGCUACAAUUCCUAGCAAUGCUCAACAAACUACAGUGCCCAGAAUUCUUUGAGGGAAAGAAUGUGCUCCAAGUGUGUUUUAAAGGUAUAGUGUGUACAAAGAACAAGAGUGGGAAGCCAGCAUAGAAAUGCUUUCAAAUAAAUUCUGAACGCCUUUCAGUCUUUCAGCUGCAGCUAUCCUUGUAACAAGCCAAAGCAGAUCCGCUGGAAGACUUAGGAUUCUAUUUAUCAUUGAGGUUUGGGGACAAAGGAAACUGUUAAAAUCUUUGCUCAGGGGUGCAAGAAUCUAUUUUGGGGAGGGAAAAGAACUGAAGGAGCUGUAAGGGGGAUCAUAGUUCAGUGCCAAAGACCACGCUUUCAUGCCAAAAGUCACAGGUUCUGUUUGAGUGGUGAGCAAAACCUUUUUGUGGGAUAGGAUUCCUCUUUGUUAUUCUUGCUGGUGAAUGGACAUUUGUGUUGCUCAUAUGUUUUGUUCCAAAGUUUGGCAUUUUAACAUUUUGCAAGUCACUUUUAAACAUUUUGUAAAAAGUGGUGAACAAACAUAAGGUAAAGGUAAAGGGACCCCUGACCAUUUGGUCCAGUCGUGGCUGACUCUGGGGUUGUGGCGCUCAUCUUGCUUUACUGGCUGAGGGAGCCGGCGUACAGCUUCUGGGUCAUGUGGCCAGCAUGACUAAGCCGCUUCUGGCGAACCAGAGCAGCGCACGGAAACACCGUUUACCUUCCCGCUGGAGCGGUACCUAUUUAUCUACUUGCACUUUGACGUGCUUUCAAACUGCUAGGUUGGCAGGAGCUGGGACUGAGCAACGGGAGCUCACCCCAUCACGGGGAUUCGAACCGCUGACCUGAUCAGCAAGUCCUAGGCUCUGUGGUUUAACCUACAGCACCAUCCACGUCCCAUGGUGAACAAACAUAACCAAUGAUAAUAAUAAUAAACCUCUCCAUUUCUGAGACAGUAGACAGGGACAAUUGCCAGGGACAGUAGGCAAUACUAGGUUAGAUGGACACAUCAUCUUAUCUGCUGCAAGACAGCUUCCAACAUAUGCUCCUUGGUUUUUUUGGAGUCAGCUUGGAUAGAAAGAAAAAUGGAGACACAAGCAUCCCCAGUGGGAGAGCCUCAUCUUCUUGGAGUGCUCUGGUUUCUUCCUUUCCCCCUUAUCUCCACAGCAGAGGUUUAACUGUGAGGAGGCAGCAUUCAAACACACCCAGAAAGCUGAUUCAGCAGCUCAUCCAGCGGCUGCUGGUUGCAACUGAGAAUAAAGGAAAAUAAGGAUGUUACAAAGCAACGCACCAGCAAAGGAGGAGGAGCAACCACCAGUUCCUUCCUCUCUUCAGCUACUCAGGUGCACACCUAGAUUUUAGCGCCAGUGAUCCUGCAUUAGAAGCCUGUGCAAGGCAAGCUCUUAAAAAAGGUUAAGGGAACAUAUUGGAUAAAACGCAAAACAAACACCACCCCAACAGCCUUGAGUAGUUUGGAGUGUGCAAAGUAGGUGGCUGAUUGAUUGAUAAAGCAUAGUUUCUAGAUUAGGAAAAUCUGGUUAAUUUGUAUUCUGCUCACAGUGAUGACAACAAAUAAAAUGGAAUGAUAAUUUGGACAUAGAACAGCAGCGAGAACAGCCAAGUCAGUGACAAAGCACAAUAAAACCAAGUGGGAGCCAAGUGGGAUGCAGCAGACAUCCUAAAAGGAUGGGGGGGGGACUAAAUAUAUUUUCCGAGCACUGAAAGGAUGCUAAAGUCUGCACUGGGUGAUCUGCUCUGGAGAUAAGACCAGGAGCCACCACUGAAAUGACUCUGUCUUGGUUGCUACUGACCCCUAAAAGCAGGGUGAUGUUAAGAAAGGCCAUGAAAGGGUGUGGGUGUCAACAUCCAGGCAAGUUCAUGGGAGAUCAAGAAGUCCUUGAAGUACUCUGCAUAGGCCUUUAAAUCUCAAAUUUAGCUCUGUUUGGACUUGAUAUCCCACCUUUCGCUCCCCUUAAGGAGUCUCAAAACAGCUAACAAUCUCCUUUCCCUUCCUCCCCCACAACAAACACUCUGUGAGGUGAGUGAGGCUGAGAGACUUCAGAGAAGUGUGACUAGCGCAAGGUCACCCAGCAGCUGCAUGUGGAGGAGCAGAGACGCGAACCUGGUUCCCCAGAUUACGAGUCCACCGCUCUUAACCACUACACCAUGCUGGCUUUGUAAAUUGUGUCUGGAAAUGGGGCUGGUGUCAGUGUAGCUUCUGUAAAAUUGGCAUUGUAUAUUAGCAGCAACCAUUCCCAAUCUUGUCUGGUCUGUUUUGUACAGCGUCACAUGUCACCAGACAUGUGUUUUUUUGUAGAUUUAGAAUUAUGGACCACUGGACCUCUGAGUCCAUGUUCAGCCUGGGAAUUUGUCUUCAAGACCACAACUAUUGACUUCUGGGCUAGCACUGAUCCUGCAGGCCUUUCACUUACAAAUACACUCCUUCUUUUCUCCCACAUUUCCUUUGUUUCAGCAACCUAAUUUGGGGGAGUGGGGUGCGGAGAGUUGCUGUUGCUAAACUGUCAGGAGUAAAAAGCUAAUCAGAUCACCCCAAUACUUACUAUCCCUGGUUUGGGCAAGAGAAUAAGAAGAAUGCAAAAUUGUUCCUGGCUUCAGCUGUGAAAUGUUAAAGGGUGGGUUAAGUCCGAAUGACUCUCGAUUAUUGUUGGAAGUUAAUUACAGUGGUACCUCGGGUUAAGAACUUAAUUCUUUCUGGAGGUCUGUUCUUGACCUGAAACUGUUCUUAACCUGAGAUACCACUUUAGCUAAUGGGGCCUCCUGCUGCUGCCGUGCUGCCGGAGCACGAUUUCUGUUCUCAUCCUGAAGCAAAGUUCUUAACCCGAGGUACUAUUUCUGGGUUAGCGGAGUCUGUAACCUGAAGCAUCUGUAACCCGAGGUACCACUGUAUUAUUAUUAUUAUUAAUAAUAAUAGAGUGUUUGAGUUGUGUGUGUUUUUCUACCAUGUUUCUACUCUUUGAAAUGUGAAGUUCUCCUUGCUAGGGGCAAAGGAGUGGAACAGAUAAUGGCACUGCUCUGACGCUUGAGUAGGAUUUGCUACUUCUAAGGGACUUCAAGGAGCAGCAAUUAAGUCUGUCCAACGAAGGCUCUUAAGGGGCAAGGGCUCCAAUUCGCCAAUCCAUUCCUUUCUUAAUGCGACUUGAUGUAGAUGGAGUGAGGGCCUAUCAGGUGUGAAAAGCCCGGCUGCUCCUGGCUUGGAAUGGCCUCCAGACAGCGAUUUGGCGACAUCAAUCCAGUCAUGCUUGAUUUCGAUGCUUAACGUGGUAAGGCAGGAUCUCUCUACCCCUGAUCAGCUUCUCAAUUAGCAAGCUGCCUUCUGUAAAGACCCUUGUUCCGCAAUCCCUCUGGGCUGUUUGUGUCUGUGGCGGGGGACGUUGGGGAGAGAAAACUCCCUAAUACCAGAAGAAGAAAUGAAACAAGGGAGGGAGGAAUAAAAGAUUUUCUAAUAGCCUACUUUUCUUUCAAAUUGUUUGCUUUCCUGCGUUUCAUUCAUUAGAAAGCAUGAGAUAUAGGUGUCUUUUAAAACAUUCAUCAUCUUGGUACCUGACAGCUUUCUCCUUUUUCACUUUGGAUAUAUGCAAAGUUAUGAAGUCAGGACUUGUCUUUUGUUCUGUGUGUGUCUUCUGUGCUUUGCUUGUGUUGCGCUAAAGAAUCACCCCACAUACAUUGCAUGAAUUAUAUGGUAUCGUUUGCUCUUUUCAGGGGGCAUUAGAAAGUAGGAUCUGCUACCUUGUAGUCCAUGCUAGCUGUUUUUAUUCUUUUUCAAACAUGCUGGGGUGUCACGAUGUAGGCAGCAUAAAAGAUGAAAAGCAGACAAGCAAAGAUAGGUGUGUGGUGCAUAUAUCUCGUGCUUCCAAAUUUCCUUUCUCCUGUUAGGAAUCCAACUAUUGUUGCAUUAAAUAUUCAAACUGUGCUAAAUCUCCAGGGCUUUUUCCUUCCUGCAACGUGUUGCUAAUAUUCAUACAUGGGAAGAGUUGUGACCCAAAUACAAACAGCACCUUUAUCUAAUGAGCAAUAGGCGUCAACAUGACACCUGCCUUUCCAUUUUAAGGUGUUGCCUUUAUGGAAGUAGUAAUUGAAAUGUUUACUAAUGUAACAUUUCAUUAGUAAGUGUUGUGGUGCUGUGCCUGUUUUAAAGAUUUAAAGAUAAAACAGGUGAUGUGCCUGUUUUAAAGAUUUCAUUUGCCUUAGCUUACUCAACAUAUCAAACUUCCAGAACAACCCCUGACGUCUGUUUCUAUAUAGCUGUUUCAUUGAAGUUGGUCGCCAUUAUAUUAGGAAGCCAAGUCUCCUAAAGAAUUCUUCUCUCGUUCUGUGUUUUCCCACCUAAGCAGGGGACGAAAGGCAAAGCCUUAUACCUAUAGGAAAAUGUGUCUGUGGGUCUGUAUUGGAUCUGCAGCUUCAUUAACCUGCAAAAUAAAGAUUGUAAGCCAUAUUUUAAUGGAAUUGGUGGCGACAAUCUUAAUUUUUUGAGUCAUUAAAAUCUCAAAAAGCACAAAGGCUUAAAAAUCUGAUAAGAAAUAUCAAGUCCAUAUAAAAUAUUAUGGUUGAUAGCUUGAGCUAAAUGUAAAAAGAGCCUUUGCUGAAUCAUGCCAGUGACCCAUCUAGUCCAGCAAUCCUGUUCUCACAGUGGCCUAUACAAAACCCACAAGUGGGACGCAACAAUCAUCACAUGUUUUCUCCCCACUUGCAAUUCCCAGCAGCUUGCAUUUUUAAAAAACCGCAUAAAGGAUUAAGUUGUGUGUUCCAGAUUGGUUUACCAAUAAGCAACAUUCCAUUGGGCAAAUAUGGCUGCCGGCCUGUAUUCACUUUCCUAGAAUAAGUCACGCUGAAUGCACUGAGUGAAAAUGCAUAGGGUUGUGUAGUAAGCUGCACGUUCAUGUCUAGUUAAUUUCAACACUUGUUGAAACAGCUCUAUAACUUUUUCCCCCCUCUGUCCCAAAUUCCAUCUCAUAGCAUCUUGGUUUGUUUGCUUGUUUCCCCCUUGGAAUUACCAGACUCCAAGGUUAGCAUCCAUGCAUAUGUACUUCACAGCAAUGAUACUGUCUAGGCGCAUGCAGGAUCUAUCGAUAGGCAGUCUGUGUGCUAUUUGUACAGUGGGUGCACGUCUUUGGAAUAGCCGGCUUUGAUUUCCGUAACUGUUUUAAGGUUUUGCUUAAAAUUCUGAACACUCUGUGUACUGUAGCCCUUGCAACGUGGUACUUCAAACAGCAAGUCCUAAAGGUGACACAACAAAGCCCAAUGCCUUGGAUACGCGUGCCUUUUAUAAAUAAAAGGAAGAAUAUGCGCACAGUCCAAAUACAGGGAAAACUUAACCCAUUUCUUUUUCCCCCUAUGAAAAGAGUCAGAUGCAUUAUUAAGAAAUAGAUUUUCUGGGAGAAAAUUUGCAAAGCAGUCGAAAGAGACUUAGCAUUUCCCCACGUUUUGCUACGUGGAAGGCUUUUUUUAGAACCUUGUUUGUGUUAACAUUACUGUACGGCGGCAUUCUAAAUUGUGUCAAGUGUAAUUAUAGGGUGCAGUAACUUGCAUCUCUUUCUUCUGUCUUAAACCUUUUUUUCUUUUUCUUUUUAAUUUGAAGAAAGACACCCCCUCAUCUCUGCGCACAAAGCAUUGGCCGCGUUUCUCUACCGCUUCUGCAAAUCCCAUCUACAAAGUGAAUAUUUUGGAUCUUUAGCACUGUGUGCUUGCAAGCAGAUCUGACAACAAUUUCACACGCAUAUGCCCUAAAGAACUGCGAAUGCUUCCAAAGCAUCUCUCUCUUGGCAUGCUCUGUUAAAAAGCUUAACCUUUCAGUGUGCUUAUAAGGCAGUUUAAAAUGCUCCCAUUUAUUGAGAGGUAAACUGAGGGUCACACCAUAAGCUGCUAGAGGGAACUUCUUCUUGAUAUAUGGUAUUUUAUUAUUGUGACUGUGUUGGAUUUUUUUUUUAAAAAUGUACAAAAAUAUAAUAAACCCAGAACACAAAAUAAAAUUUAAUUAAGGUGCAGUUAGGAAUUUUAGAUGUCAUCAGGGGCCUCAUCUUUUGUUCCUCUGUGUUUUGGAUGAUGGCUGUGAUUAUUGCUUGAGAGCGCCUGUAUUUCUGGCAAGUUCUCUGCUUCAGCACAUUAACUAUUGUUAUAAGCAACAAAGUUGACCUAUAAGGCUAAAAGCAGGUAUGAAAGGCAUAAAUCCAUUUGCUUUAAUAAUAAGAUGUGUGGCCAUGUUGCUGUAGCUUUGUAUGUAUGAGGGAGGAUGUAAUUUCAGUCCAGAUUUAAAGGUGAACUGAUUUAAAGGUGAACCCACCCCCCAAAAAGAGUAGGCAAAUCAAAACACAACCACCAUUUGAAAUUCGCAUUCUCUGAAUUCUCUCCAGCCAAGUAAGGUAUACAAAAGAUGCAUGUGCUAGCACAAAGCAUGUAUAAAAGAAGCAUAGAUAAAAUAAUAUACACAAAUGAAUUUUAUUAGGGGAAAUGUGAAUACUGGGCAGAUUUGGGUACAAAAGUGCAUUAGGAGAAAUUUGCGCUGAAAUGCUGGUGAAUUUUCAUAAGGACGUUGAAAAAAAAAAUAAUAAUUGCAAAAUGAUGUGGAAAUGUAAAAGAACUAAACUGAAGAGUGGGGAAAUGAGAAACUGAAGUGGUCAGAUUGACCAAUCCUACUUGUCAUCACACUAAAUGUUUCUUUAAAUGUUCAAUGAUGCCCUGUAUUAAUUCUGAACAGAACGAAGAUCAGACUAUUAAAUCCAGGGGUUAUUGCUGAGAAUGCUAUUCCUGAAAUGGUGGCCCUGCAUGCCUUAAAUGCAAAGCUGAAUUAUUAUUGUUAUUAUUAUUAUUAUUAUUAUUAUUAUUUAUACCCCGCCCUCCCCAGCCAAGACCGGGCUCAGAGCGGCUUACAAGAAAUAAUAAAAACAACUUGAUUAUUGCCAUUUUGACUUCUGCGCCUCCUUUGGCUGCUGUCAAUAUCGUACUUUUGGACAUGAAUGGUGACAUGUGACUCUAUGAUUAUGGGUGUUGCAUGAUUAUUGUGCAUCAUUGGAGCCAGACAAUUGAAAAAACAAUAACAUUGUGCCAAAGGAAUCCAAUGUCAUGUAAAAUAAUUAAUGCAAAAAAGCACUCAAAAUCUAGUAGCUUGCUUUAGGAAAAUGCAAAGUUUAGCAUUCAGUACCAGAAAUAUUAAAGGGUGUGUUUGCUUGGGGGCUUGAGGUAUAUAGUGACUACUCUAGAAAUACUGAAUCGUGCUGUUUCAUAGUUGGGCAUUUAAUCAGAUCUUCUGUUUCUCUGCCUGCCUUGCAUUAUGUAGUGUAAAUUGGAAGACAGACAGACUGACUACUUGUUUGUUUUAAGAUCUGGCCACUAAUUUUCUUCACUCAGUGCUAUACACAAUGCGGUUUGCUAAAUGAAGAAAAUGCCUCGCCAGAUCCUAUAUUUAUGUGUAAUGCCCCAGUUCUUUUAUUUAUAAGAACAGGAUAAGGGAAAAAUUCAGUCCACUUUACAUUUAAUGGCAAAGCUACUUUUAUUCAAACUUUCUGAAACAAUAUGCAAAUCAAAACACAGCUACCCUUUGAAAUUUGCACUUUUCCAAAUUUUGUAAUGCAGUUCUCUAGCUUCAUAAUGUGUACUCAAAAUGCAUAUAUUUGGUAAAGUGUGCAUAGAAAUGCAUGUGUUAGUAAAAAUAGCAUCAAAAUGUGAUCGUUAAAGGAAACUGUGUUGCAAAAAUGCAUAUGUUAGGCAAAGUAGAAUACACAAAUGCAGUGCAAAAGGCUUUUAAUGAAAAGGCUGGUACUGUGCUGUUUUUAUGGUAAUUAUCUUACAUUUUAAUAGAUUGGAUAUAUAGAAAGAGGGAGUUUUAAUGUUUAAUUCUUUUUAAAUAAUUAGGUAUAUGUUUUUACCUGUUCUUAUUUUAUCUGUAAGCUGCCUUGAGUCUCUGUCAGAGAAAAAGGUGGGGUAUAAAUAAAUAACCUGUCCUUUGUUUUUUUGACACGCAACCUGAGGAAGAGCCCUAAGGAAGCUCGAAAGAAAUGCUUCCCAAAGUGCUUCCCAAAGUGGUCAGUAGCGCCCCCUGGAGGGAGCAAAGAAGCAAGGGGGUCUGGGGGUCUUAAUGACAAUCAGACUUUGAAAAGCUGGUAUCAAUGGAUCAAGUUCAUCAAUUGGGUUGAAUUGAUUAAACUAAAUAGUUUUUACUGAAUUUGGAAUAAACGUGCAACUAAUUAUUAUCCAGAGUCGUCCGCAACUGGACCUAAAGGUCAGGGGUCCCUUUACCCUUUACCUUUACUUAUUACUGUACAGUGGUACCUCAGGUUACAGGAGCUUCAGGUUACAGACUCUGCUAACCCAGAAAUAGUACCUCGGGUUAAGAACUUUGCUUCAGGAUGAGAACAGAAAUCGUGCGGCGGCAGUGCGGUGGCGGCAGCGGGAGGCCCCAUUAGCUAAAGUGGUACCUCAGGUUAAGAACAGUUUCAGGUUAAGAACAGACCUCCGGAACAAAUUAAGUUCUUAAUCCUAGGUACCACUGUAUUGAAUUUUAUUGUGCUAUAUCUUUCUUAGUGGGCCAUGCAAACCACUAUUCUGGACAUUGCCUUUUGUAUGGUAGGUUUGGGUUGGGUAGGAUGAGUUUUUGAAAUCAAGCGCAUGGUAUCCCGAGAAAGUUUGGGAACCACUGGCCUAUUUGGCCCUCCUAAAGAUACAUUGACACAACUUCUACCUUGCAGCUUUGUUGGGAUAGACCGAGGGUGUUAUGAGAUCCUUGGAGGAAGAGGCGGGAUGCAAAAUGUGAGGGAGAUAAACAGGUAGAAUUCUCCCCCUUGUGGCUUCUCACAAUUUUUGUGUGUAAGGGAAUUUUCCAGCCCCCAGGAAGCACUGUGCCCAUGACCUUUACCAGCUCCAGUGGCUCUGCUUAGCAUCGCGUCCUUAAUUCAGUUUCCUUGGGCAACAUCUCUGGCGUGUUUCCUAGGAGCAAGUCGGAAGUGUGUCACCUGACGCUUCACAGGUUCCGCCUUGACGUCUCUCCCAGCAGCCCUGAGUCUCGGAAGCCUGACAAGGAGCUGAGUUCUGCCUUCAUUCUUCCUCCUGCCUUCUUUACCCACGACACCGUGAGCCUCGAGCAAAGCCACUAAUGAUUAUUGAAUAUUCAUUCCCACGCGUUGCCUCUCAGAGUGUGCUUCUCACCUGGAAUGACCCGCGUGCCUGAAUUUGAAAGGAAGGGCACCUAUGAAAGUAAUUUUGUACGUGGUACAUAUUUUCUCCCCCUCAGUCCCCUGUCUCCUAAAAGCCCUUUAUUAGUGGAGAAGUGCUUACGGCAUUCUUCAAUUAGCAUGUGCCGUAUUGUGACUGAAACAGCUGCUUACCGUUUAAUAAAGCAUGGCAUACUUUCUUUCGCAGCCUAUCAGCCUUCCUGGCUGCUAUACCAAGGGGAGAGAUUCAGCGGCGGCCCGGUUUCUAGUUGCAACCAAAGAGAAACUUUGAAAAAGUUUGACCUAGGGAUGUAGGGAGCUGCCUUAAACUGGCCUCAACCAGGGCCAAGGCCUUUUCGGCUUUGGCCCCAGCCUGGUGGAACACUCUAUCGCAGGAGACCAGGGCCCUGUGGGACUUGACAUCUUUCCCCAGGGCCUGCAAGACAGAGUUGUUCCACCUGACCUUCGGUCUGGGCCCAGUUUGACCCCCCCCCCCCUCUAUGGGCCCUGUUAGUUACCUCUUUGGCCCUUUUACCUGAAGGAGCAUCUCCACCUGCAUCAUUCUGCCUGGACAAUGAGGUCCAGUGCCGAGGGCCUUCUGGCAGUUCCCAGUUACAGGGAACCAGGCAGAGGGCCUUCUCGGUAGUGGCACCCGUCCUGUGGAAUGCCCUCCCACCAGAUGUCAAAGAGAAAGACAACUACCAGACGUUUAGAAGACAUCUGAAGGCAGCCCUGUUUAGGGAAGCUUUUAAUGUUUAAUAGAUUAUUGUAUUUUGGUGUUCUGUUGGAAGCUGCCCAGAGUGGCUGGGGAAACCCAGCCAGAUGGUCGGAGUAUAAAUAAUAAAUUAUUAUUAUUAUUAUUAUUAUUAUUAUUAUUAUUGGCUCAUGUGGGACCAGCGUGAUGAAUACUGGCCCUGAUGAAUACUUGAGGUUCCCGACCCCUAUGGUUGUAAUUCAUGGGCAAUCAUUUAAUUUUAUCCUGAUUAUAAUUUUUAAGCUGUAUUUUAAUCAAUUGUUUGUUUGUGUUUUGAUGUAUUUGAUAUUUGAUGUUAGCUGCCCUGAGCCCGGUCUUGGCCAGAGAGGGCGGGGUAUAAAUAAAAAUUUAUUUACUUACUUACUUAGGUGGACACUGGGCCAUUGAACCACUAAGUCAGUAGUGGACAGUGUGGUGGUACCGAGAUGCUUACCUGACCUCCCAGCAGGUAAGUCACUGCUGCUUGCUUGGACGAAGAGAGGCGAGGUUGUGGCAAUGUCAAUGUAGUGCAAAUACACCGCUGGAGCUAAUCCAAAACUCCCGCAGAUGCAUUUGCACCAUCUCUCUUUCCCAGUAAGCAACAGUGACUCACCAGCUGGGAAGUCUUAUGAAAGUCUCUGCACCAUCACACCAUCAGCUGCUGCAUCUACUUCAAUAUUGUCUUCACAGACCGGCAGCACCUCUCCAGGGUUUCUCAAAAAGUCUCUCGCCAACCAUAUCUGGAGGUACUAGGGAUUGAACCCAGGGCCUUCUGUGGAGCAGGUGCUUUUCCACUGAGCUAUCCCCCUUGACCUCCUCUGUUUUAAUAGAGGUUAUUUUAUAGCAGCCCACUUGACUGCUUUGAUUGGCGGAAUUGGCACUUUGACAGGUGCCACAUGGUACCUGACAUCGGUAAGAAUUUGAUAGUUCAGUGUGGCAGCACCGACACUUUGGAACUCCCUGCUUAUUGAUAUCAGGCCUCCGCUGUAUUCUUUUCGGCUCCUCCUGAAGACAUUCUUGUUUAGACAAGCCUGCCCAGAUGUUUGGAAAGUUUGUGUGAGUUUUAAUUUGAUUUAGUCUAUUGAGUUUAUAACUUGCUGUACAUUUUAAAUUAUAUUUGUAAUUUUUUAUCGAUCGUUUUAUUGUUUUAUAUUUUUCUGAAGUCAAGUGGUAUAAUUUUUUUUAGUGAAAUAAAUAAAAUAAAAUAAAAAUUCUAGAUGUCUGAAAUCCUCCCCCCUCCCCCUCCCCCCUUGAGUUUUGGGACAGCAUAAAAAAUGUGCCUUUAGUCUCCUCUUUACCAGACUAAACAUAGCAAACUGCCUCAAUUGUUCCUCAUAAGGCUUGGUUUCCAUACUCUCCUCUGCACACGUUCCAGCUUGCCAGUAUGCUUCUUAAAUUAUGGCACCUAGGACUGGAAACAGUAUUCCAAGUGUGGUCUGACCAAGGCAGAAUAAAUCAGUGCUAUUACUUUCCUAAGUUGGGACACUAUACUUCUGUUGAUGCAGCCUAGAAUAGCAUUAGCUUUUUUUGCUGCUGCAUCACACUUUUGACUCAUGUUAAACUUAAGAUCUACCAAGACCUCUAGAUCCCUUUCACAUGUACUGCUAGUAAACCAGGUGUCCCCAUUCUAUAUUUGUGCAUCUGGUUCUUCCUGCCUAAGUGCAGAACCUUACAUUUGUCCCUGUUGAAAUGCCAUUUAUUGCAUUUGUUCCUUUUAGUAUAUCAAAGAAGCUCAAUGUGUGGCAUACAUGGGCUAUUAGGGCAUGUUGAAUUUUUCAACUUACAGUGGUGCCUCGCAGGACGAAAUUAAUCCGUUCCGCGAGUCUCUUCAUCUUGCGGUUUUUUCGUCUUGCGAAGCACGGCUAUUAGCGGCUUAGCGGCUAUUAGCGGCUUAGCGGCUUUGAGAAAAAGGAAACAAACUCGCAAGAACUCACAAGACGUUUCGUCUUGCGAAGCAAGCCGUAGGGAAAUUCGUCUUGCGGAACGACUCAAGAAACGGAAAACUCUUUCGUCUUGCGCGUUUUUCGUCUUGCGAGGCAUUCGUCUUGCGAGGUACCACUGUACAACUUUUUAGCCCCCUUCAUUUGAAACACAACCACUGGUUGAAUGUCUUCAGCUCCUGACAGUCCUUCACUUUACACAGACAGAUGGAUGUGAAUGAUCUGCUGAACUGCCUACUUUUGUCUGCAUGAGUAUGGAAGGAAUGGUAAUAUUCACUAGAGGUACUAAACGUUUAGGUCAGGCAUAGGCAAACUCGGCCCUCCAGAUGUUUUGGGACUACAAUUCCCAUCACCCCUAGCUAACAGGACCAGUGGUCAGGGAUGAUGGGAAUUGUAGUCUCAAAACAUCUGGAGGGCCAAGUUUGCCUAUGCCUGAUUUAGGUGAAUGAACAGUGAACCUUGAAAUGAUUCGUAACUGGGUGUGUUGGAUUUUUGGUACGGUCUAGGUGUUUUGUAGUAUUCUAUAAACAAACAAAAAGCUUGCGAAUUACUUGAUAUGAACUGUAUAACUUCUCUCCUCACCCAUCCCCAAAACCAUUGGUAUGGUCUUUGUGUUGCUUCUUUAUUUUGCCUAAAGUGAAGUUUUCAGGUGCAGUUCUUUGCUUCAGUAAAAUAUCAUUCGAGUUCUGCAGAAGGAAAAAAUAAUUUUGAAUAAAGGCACCACUUAGGCUAGUGAAGUUUUCCAGGGAGGUUCCACAUGGUCCUACGAGGGGGUCACACAAAAUAGUAAUGCAACAUGGUUGAGCUGCAGCAGGGAAGGGUUUGCAUCCUGUGCACUGAGCUCACUGCAGGGGAAUCAAUAGUUGAGGUAGACACAAAGGAGACUGGGGGUUCUUGAGGAAUUGGUUCUGUGCAAAUUCUCAUAUGAACUUACCCCAAUCUGCACUUUCUGAGACUAAUGUAUGAAUCAGAACACGGUUAUCCUCUGGGAUUUGCCCCUCUCUGAAUUUUGAGAUAUAGUCCUUGGCUUUUUUAAAAAACACAAAAAUGUGUAUUUUAAGAUAAAGUACACUUAAAAAUGCAAAAGUUUUGUGCGGAUUUUCAAAUCUGUAUUUUUAUGUUGUGAACCGCCCUGAGAUCUAUGGAUGAAGGGCAGUGCACAAAUUUAAUAACUAAAUAAAAAUUGGAUUAAUACUGAAAUGUGAUGGAACAGCCUUAUGAAUGAAUAUAUGUUGAAAUAGAUAGUUCUGCCCAUCCCUACUGGAGAUUUUGCCAUACCUUUUUGCUAUGGCAGUGUCAAACUGAUAUCGACUCCUCAACCCUUUUCCUUCCAGCCUUCCUCCCUUGCAUAUCUAGUUCCUUAGAGUAUCUGUGUACACCUUAACUGUUUGUAGCACAAAAAAUGUGGCUUUUCUCAAUCUGGAAAUGUUCUGGCUCGUCUUCAACAUGCUGCUUUCAUUCUAGAUUGAUUCUAGAUCCUGUCAUCAGUGAGGGUGGGUGUUGGUACUAGAUACGCUUUUAAAUACUCUCCCCUUGAUUAGGUUAUCAACAUCUUUUCCCUUCUGAACAUGCCCAGAUGAAUGAAGAGGUAAUUUCAGCCUUGUUAUAUUAUACACCUAUCCUUGACAACCUCAUUCAGCAGAUGUGGAUAUGUUCCCAAUCUCUGGGACCACCCAUGUUUCUUCUCAUCCAUUUUCAAAUGGACACACUGUGGGGCAAAAUAAAAUUAACCUGCCAUGAGCUUUUAUUUUCCAAAUGAAACCAGUUUCCCAAGAAGCACUUUUCAGGGGCCAAAAAAAUAUACAAUAGGUCUGGAUUGUGUGUAGACUAGGUAAAAAAACACACACCAAGAACUCAGUAUUUACUGGUUCUAGUAUGAAAUAUUGUAUAAAUGCAGCCUAAGUCUGAGAGGCAAAGUCCCUGCCUUUCUGUUGCUGUUGUUUGUUUAUAGGUACUGCUCCAAAGCAGCAGCACCUGAAAUUUGCCUUUGGAGUCUUCAGCCUGUCUAGGGAUGGAUGAAUCUGUCAAUUGCAGUGUCUCUCAGUUCCUCAUUUUUCCAAUCUUAAAUUAAGUUCUCUGCAUUUCCACAUCCAUUUCUGAUUUUUUAAAAAAAGUCCUCAUGAAAACCCAUCAGCAUUUUUGUGUUAAUUACUCCUACUACACAAAUUUAUAUGCAGCGUUGCAAAGCCAUUUUUGUUUGUUAUUUUCAAGAAUAUAUGCAUUUCAUGCACAAUCUAGUAAAUGCGUUUUUGUACGUAUUACUUGGAUGGAGAACAGCACUGCAAAAUCAGGAGGAAUGUGAAUCUUGGCGGAUGGCUGUGUUUUCGGUUUCAUGAAUUGUUUUGGGUGGUGUGGAUUCGGUAGGCUCUCCUUCAAAUGUGGAGUGAAUCAAAUUCCUCCGUCUUCCGUCUGGCUGACUUUGCCUAGUGAUAGGAGCAGCACUGUCCCUAGCAAAAAUUUGGGGCUAUUUUCUGGUCAGGGAUUUUCUUUUGGCUCUUUGCAGCAUUUUUCUACCCAGUUGUCCUGCUGCGUCCCCAGUGGCCGGUCUGGUCCUGCUUAGAAUUCUAGGCACUGCAAUUGACGGCAGUCUUGAUAUCAAUGAAGAUAUGGACUAAAAAAGUAAAGGUAAAGGACCCCUGACAGUUAAGUCCAGUUACAGACAAGUCUGGGGUUUCGGCUCUCAUCUCGCUUUACUGGCCGAGGGAGCCAACGUUUGUCCGCAGUUUUUCCGGGUCAUGUGGCCAGCAUGACUAAGCCACUUCUGGUGAAACCAGAGCAGCACACAGAAAUGCCAUUAACCUUCCCGCCAGAGCAGUACCUAUUUAUCUACUUGCACUGGCAUAUUUUCAAACUGCUAGGUUGGCAGGAGCUGGGACCAAGCAAUGGGAGCUCACCCCGUCGUGGGGGGGGGGAUUCAAACUGCCGACCUUCUGAUCGGCAAGCCCAAGAGGCUCAGUGGUUUAGACCACAGCGCCACCUGCAUCUAUCCAACCCUUUUCCUGCAGUUUCAUCAAUCGAAUACGAUGCUGAAAUAGUAGCUACUUUGCCUCCUUCACCUUGCACAUACAGCAAUCUGCCUGCCCUACCCUAGUUUCCUACCAGGAAGGAGGGUUUGGAGGUGGAGAGCCAAAUACAUCUGGAACUAAGAUACUGAGUCUGCACCUUUAAGCCCAAGCCGUGAUCCUGCUCAUUAUGGGCCCAAGAACACAUGUUGGCAGUUAA